UUUAUCAAGGAAUUCUUGAAAGGCAGCAAACUCUGAUUUGUCUUAUUUCCAUGGGAGCGGUGUGGUAGGUUUGGUUGUGGCCAAUGUCUUCCUUUUUGCUCCUAAAUCUCUUGCUUCUCAUCCAGCCGGCUUUUCAGGUAUCAGGUAAGCUCUUUUUCACUUCCAUCACCAUUGUGAACUUAGCACUAGGUGCAUUUUUAACUGUUUACUUUUAAAGCAUCUUAUGGAAGCUAAAGUUGUACUAUUAAAGCUAAAUCAAUGAAAUUUCAGCUACAAGGAUAAUUGUUUAAAAGAACAAAAUGCAUUUUAAACAUGACAACAAUACUAUGGACCACUGAUAAAUACGGCACAGCGUUGGAUAGUUUAAAAUAAACUACAGAAUUAGCAUGAGAGGCAUUUCUCUGUUCUCCAUCAAUCUUAUUGCCUCUUAUUCUGAAUCCUUGUAUUAUCAUUUUACCAGCAGUUGUCAUAUUGGAAGGUAUGUGAAACAUUCUCUCCAUGUUCCUGUUAUUUUUCUUAAUUUUGCAGAUAGUGACAGCUUUCUGAUAUAUAAUGAAAACACCAAACUCUGUAUACAAUCUCAGAAAUCUCGUUCCAUCAUCCUGGUCAACUGCGAUGAGGAUAAUGAGUGGCAACAUUUCAAGUGGGUUUCCGACGACCAGGUUUUGAACAUGGCAGUGAAGUUAUGCCUGGCAGUGCCUUCCAAGUCAAACCUGGUUGCCCUCACCCUCUCUCCCUGCAAUGAGACGAGUGAACUUCAGAAAUGGGAAUGCAGAAAUGACAGCCUCCUUGCACUCGAACAGGGGGAUUUGUUUUUAAAUCCCGAAGGUGGCCAAAAAAGCCGUCUUAUACUUUCUAAAGUAGCCACCAGCAAGAGUACCUGGAAGAUCUAUGGAACGAAAGACAGCUUGUGUUCCAAGGGCUAUGAAGGUAAGAUUAAGAGAAUCUGUUCUUGAUGAUCAGCUUGUAUAUGCAGUUCAAGCAUGUUGCAUCUGGGGUGAAAAUAGACAUGAUGCUACUUGCAUAACUUCAAAUCAUGUCGAUAAACAACCCAAAUUGGAUAGCAUUUGGAUUUCAGCCACAGGUUUUCCCCAACCCUACCUAUCAGGUUCACUUCAGUUGAAGAUAUCAGGUUCACUUCAGUUGAAGUGGAAGGUGCAUCCAUGUAUUCAUCCAAGCAUGCAAAGGAAUGGAUGCUGAAAACUCCAUGGAUGGUGGAAACUGACAGACACAAAAAGUGCCUGUGUGUAUCUGAGCAUUCGUGGAGCUCUUGUAUUGAGGACUUUGUCUUAAUCAUUUCCGCUUUGCCUAAUUCUGUUCUCACCAGUAUCUAUCCAGUUUUCUCACCGGUAUCUGUCCAAUUUCUUUCAGCUCUGUAUACCUUAAGAGGCAAUGGUUUUGGAGCCCCCUGUGUGUUUCCAUUCAAGUAUCGGAAUAAAUGGCAUGCUCAGUGCAUAAGAGAAGAUGAUGAACAUAGACAACUUUGGUGCGGAACAACUGCAGAUGUGGAUAGAGACUCUUUACGCGGAUACUGUCCAGUGAAAGGUAAACACUUAACAAGGUUUUAUUUCAGGCCUUACUUUCCCACCAUGUGAUUGCUGCUUAGAGGAAAGUUUCUCCUACAAAGAGAAAAGGGAAACUGGUGCCAUUGCCAAAUUGUGCAACUACAGCAGAAAUGGGUGGGGGACACUUCCCCCCCUGUGAGUCAAAGCAAAAUCAAUCGUCCGUAAUGUCAGGGCUCCCCAACAGAAUCAGGCCCGCAGUUGUUCAUUUGGGAGGAUGAAGUUCCAUUCAGAUCAAAAUUGAGUUCUGGAGCUGUGGUGGAGAGUCACUGAAUAAAGGACGCAGACAGAUUACAUCCCAAAAAUUAGGUGUUUGCUGGGGAGCAUCUGAGAGAGGGAAAGAUUUUGAUAUUGUACCAAACAUGCAGUGGCAGUUUCCUUCCUUGAGGCAAGGAAAUCAAAGCAGAGGGGAAAUGUCUCAGAAGAUUUGUGCUUUUUGAAAUUGCUUGUGUGCAGUUUUCAGGAUGUGCUUAUACACUGACAUUUAAGCCUGUAACGCAGGGCUCUCCAUUCAUCCAUACAUUGACUCUAUAUGCCUUUAUAUGCAUUAGGUGUCUAUGUUUACAAGCAGAAAGCCAAUUCACAAAAACUAGCCUAGAAUCUAAAACGCUGAUUGCAUGUGGGGUUCCAGGUUAUUUAUAUGUGUAUGUAUAUGUGUUGGUUUCUUCCUUGGAUGCAACACGAAAUGCAGGAACACUUGUAGGAUUAAGGGGCAAUGCCAGUGGUUCUCCCCGUGAUCACAUAAGCACCUCUAUUUCUGCAUACUGUUUUGGGUAUUCUUCUGAAAAGUGGCAUCGAGAUUAAUAAAUAUUCAAAUAUCCAUCACUAGAAGAUUUAGCUUCAUCACUGAUAAUUUGAUGAUUUGACACUCACGUUUACAGAUGACCGUGAUGAAUUAUUCUGGACCAGAAACCAAUGGACAGGGGAUCUCUACCAGAUCAAUUACCUCUCAGUUCUAACAUGGUACCAAGCAAGAAAAAGUUGUCAGCAACAGAAUGCAGAAUUACUGACUAUCACAGAUCUACAGGAACAAGCGUACCUGACAGGUAGGACAUAACAAGGCAUGCCUGAAGAAGUGAUUGGUAUCAUUUGAUUUCUGCUAGUUAAGAAAUGCUGUCUAAACUGUAAGCAGACACAUUACAUGGCAUAAUACUGAAGUAUCCUCCCACACAGUACAAGGCGAUUUAAUUUAGAUCCAGCAUGCCGGCUGAAAGCAUUCAUCUGAUUAAUUUCUUCUUGGCACAAGAAGGAAAGCUGGGAACCCUAGUAAUGUUGGAAUGAGUUUUUUGUUUCACCCCACCCCAUCCCCACAUCGUAAAUAUACACCCCCCCGGCAACAAAAUGCAAUUCAACCAAUUUUUCUUUUCCAUAAAUAGGAUUAAUAAAUGAGAUAUCUACUUACUACUGGAUUGGUCUGAACGCUUUGGAUCUUGACAAUGGAUGGCAGUGGAUUGGCAACCAUCCUUUUAGAUAUUUAAAUUGGUCUCCAGGUGAGUGAGCAUCUACAAUGACAUCAAUACUGAAAGCCACCCCCAUUUAACAGUCAGUCACCAAUGUAAAGCACUUUCAAGGAUUUAUUGGUGGUUUAAAACCCAGUGGAUAGUGCUUAAAGUAAUUCCUUUUAAAUAGUCCAGGUGGCAUUUGAAAAUAACUCUUUGUGGUCCAGAAUGCAAUUCCUGCUGGGAUUAGGCAGAACCCAUCUCUCACAUUGUUAACAAAGGCUUUUCAAACUGUUGUACAUGUACAUUUAUUUAUUUCAUAACAUUUAUAUAAUGCUUGAUUGUAGAGAACAAUAAAAAGUGGUUUACAAAACCUACGAGUGACUAUAGUUAAGUGGCUAACUUACUGUUGUGCUAUGCUGUUGACUUUAAAAUAUAUUGUUUUGACUAUGUGUGUAAAAAGGUUUUUAUUAAAGGCGGAUGAUGAUAUCUUCUAAAGGUGGAGUCUUCAAAUAAAUCAUAAAUAAAAGUAGCACAGGACAUAAACAAUGAUCGUUUAUAUCCCUCUUGCUUAAAGGCAGCCCAUCCCCAGAAACAGAAAAAAUCUGUGGAUCAAUGCAGUCUACAAAUGGCAAAUGGCAGAAUGAAAAGUGUCAGCAGAAACUUGGAUACAUUUGCAAAAAAGGGAACUCUUCAUUGGAUGUUUCUCUUAUUCCCACAGGUAGGAGAUUAAACCGAGAAUGCUAUUCAUUUACCAAACCAAAUUUCAAAAACCUAUUUCUAGUAAUGGAGGUUUUUGCUAUUUGUAACAUUGGGGCAAUCCUUUGUUUUGGAUGGAGGGGAGGUUGUAGUCUCCGCCUGCCCCUCCAAACACUGGGGUAUCCCGUUAAAUGAAUCGGGGGGAGUGGCCAUAUCCGCGGGACCAGGCGGGAGCAGGGCCAUAGCCACUCCCCCAGAUGGCGGUCCCUGCAGGGGACACCCUAUUUGAUGUAAGUCUAGGAACCCCUGUCUGGAUUGACUUACGCAUCACUUCCAGGCAGGCCGGAAGUAUUUCGAUUGCCCCAUGCCCAAGCCAAACCUCCUUCAUCUGUAUUCAAUAAAGUUGUGGCCUGUUUUGACCAAAAACCCAGUCUUAUUGGUCUCUUAUUAUACAGGUUGGGGUAUGGGAAGUCCGAUGCCCGGUCCUGCAAUGCUAUUCAUUUACCGAACUAAAUUUCAAAAACAUAUUUCUAGUAAUGGAAGUUUUUGCUAUUUGUAGCAGUGUAUGCAAUGCCAAACAUUUCAUUGGAUUGAGAUGCCUGAGGGUAUUUUACUAGUAGCCAAAAAUAAGUUAUCUAUCAGGAAAGAUCUCAAGCAUGGUCUAAAGGCAUAUUUUGCAGAAACCUUGCUAAAGCUAUAUUUUAAUGUAAACUACUGUGAUAUUGGUGAAAGGAGAUAUGUUCUCAAGUUGAUGUCAGGGUAAACAAGAUGAUAGAUCCUAUGGCAUGUUUCCUCAUGCUUCUAAUGGCUCAUUAUCUCCCGCAAGUGAAAUGAUGCUUUCAGGUUUAAUUUCACCAUUUCAUGCAAUAGAGGAGGAGAUCUUCAAACUGGUUGCCUCUCCCACUUGCUCCACUAUGCAAAACUACGCAAAUUCAGUGUGAGUGACCCUAUGUUGAUUACCAUAUUGGCAAUAAUAUCUUUGCAGGAUGAAACAGAUCACCCUGUCUUGUUAAUACUGAUGUCUUGAUUUGCCUCUGCUGAAUUCUGUAUAUUUUAAUUAAGGAUGUGAGUCAAUGACACUGUAACAGCAAAUAAUUCCUAUUUUUUAAAUCCAUUAAGUCAUGCUGCCUUGAAUAUUAUUAUUCUCUUUUUAGAUGGCUUAAAGCCUAUAAAAUGUCCAGAUGGCUGGGCUGCAUAUGCUGGCCAUUGUUACCGCCUUAACAGACACCCCAAGACAUGGAAAGGGGCAUUGCUGUCCUGUCGAAGGGAACGUGGAGAUUUAUUAAGUAUACACAACACUAUGGAACACAGCUUUGUCAUUUCACAGCUAGGCUACCGUAAGUACAUCCAGCAAGUUCUGCUUUCCUGUUGUUUGAUGUUUGUGUGAGUAUGAGCACAACAAGGCACAAGCCAGUUAAAUGUGAGACAUGGCACUGCCUUCUACAGCCUUCCCCAAUUGUUGUUGUUGUUUAGUCGUUUAGUCGAGUCCGACUCUUCGUGACCCCAUGGACCAGAGCACGCCAGGCACUCCUGUCUUCCACUGCCUCCCGCAGUUUGGUCAAACUCAUGCUGGUAGCUUUGAGAACACUGUCCAACCAUCUCGUCCUCUGUCAUCCCCUUCUCCUUCUGCCCUCCAUCUUUCCCAACAUCAGGGUCUUUUCCAGGGAGUCUUCUCUUCUCAUGAGGUGGCCAAAGUAUUGGAGCCUCAGCUUCAGGAUCUGUCCUUCCAGUGAGCAAUCAGGGCUGAUUUCCUUAAGAAUGGAUAGGUUUGAUCUUCUUGCAGUCCAUGGGACUCCCAAGAGUUUCCUCCAGCACCAUAAUUCAAAAGGAUCAAUUCUUCAGCGAUCAGCCUUCUUUAUGGUCCAGCUCUCACUUCCAUACAUCACUACUGGAAAAACCAUAGCUUUUACUAUACGGACCUUUGUUGGCAAGGUGAUGUCUCUGCUUUUUAAGAUGCUGUCUAGGUUUGUUAUCGCUUUUCUCCCAAGAAGCAGGCAUCUUUUAAUUUUGUGGCUGCUGUCACCAUCUGCAGUGAUCAUGGAGCCCAAGAAAGUAAAAUCUCUCACUGCCUCCAUAUCCUCCCCUUCUAUUUGCCAGGAGGUGAUGGGCCCAGUGGCCAUGAUCUUCAUUUUUUUGAUGUUGAGCUUCAGACCAUAUUUUGCGCUCUCCUCUUUCACCCUCAUUAAAAGGUUCUUUAAUUCUUCCUCACUUUCUGUCCUCAAGGUUGUGUCAUCUGCAUAUCUUAGGUUGUUGAUAUUUCUUCCAGCAAUCUUAAUUCCGGCUAGGGAUUCAUCCAGCCCCAAUUAAUUCAUCCAGCCCUCUAUAUGUUUUGAACCAAAGCUCCCAUCAACCCCAGCCAGUGUAACCAAUGAUCAGGAAUGAUGAUUGGAGUUUGAAGUCCAAAAUAUACCAGAAGGUACCAGGUUGGAGGAAAGCUGGGCAUUAGAUGCUGUCUAGUUGUAGAGCUGCAUUUCAGGACUGAUGGUCCCCAGUGGAGUUUGCUAUACUCAAACAUGCGUAAUUGGAAAGGAGGGGUGAAUAGUUUCUUCUGCUGCACUUAUACACCACAAAGCUGUGUGUGGUAGGAUCCUGUUCAACACCUUCAAAAAUAAAAUCUGGAAGCAAACAAAUAAGAUACAUUUGUGUUUUUAGAGCCAACGGAUCUUCUAUGGAUUGGACUAAAUGACCAGAAGACUCCGAUGUAUUACGAAUGGAGCGAUGGCUCUACAGUGAGAUUCACCAAGUGGCAGAAAGGAAAACCCACACAAAUUAAUGGUGUGCAAAGCGACUGUGUCAUCAUGAAUGGAGAGGUAAAAAAUAUGGAACCUCUAAUAUUGUCAGGAGCUGGAGUCAGGCGUACAUCAGCAAUGAAACAAUAAAGCAUCCGAUGUCAGUGAAGUUCACUUUGAUUCAAAGAAACAAAACCGCUCAGUCCUAGUGGUCACAGCAACCCUUCCCAAUAGGUCUUGCCCCAAUGAACCAGUAGCGAGGACUGAAGUUCCUUGCCUUCCCACUGCUUUCUAAGGCUCCCCUCCUGGUUCCUUCCCUGGCAGCCUAAGACUCCAUUGUCGUGUCUCUCGUUGCUCCUCCCUCUUCAUUUUUCUCUGUCUUCUAGGAGACAAGAGGGGAGGAGAGCUGGUGACAGAAGGAGGAGGGAGGCUCCCUGGAUUCUUCAGCAGGCUACCUCAUCUCUGUCUCCUGCCCCCUCUCUUCUCCUGCCUCUGAGUCUAGACUGUCCUCUGUCCUAGCCUCCUCCUGUUCACUAAAGCCUGUUGCCUCUUCAACUUCUGACAUCUCUUCCUCCUGUUCUGCUCCCUCUUCUUCCUCUGACCACGCAUUGUUGCCCCACAACCAAUUUCCUGGUUCUGAGCCUUCUUCCCUUGGAGCUUCCCUGGCCAGUGGCUCCCACCACUCCUCAGCAUCCAGCCUAUCCAUGAUGGAUAUUUCCAUUGGAUUCAUUUUUGUGUGAAAGACUGGACUAAUAAAAUACUGAGGAUCUAUCUUGCACUCCCACUGGUGUGCCCACACAGCCCCAACUUGCAACUAUCCUGUGCUACCUUUGCAUUGUCCAGGUAAGCGGUAGCACUGGGGUCAGGAGAGUGGCUCUGCAACACUGCCCCAACAUGCCAACCACUUUUCUGGAGAGUGUAUGUUAGAAUUCUGUGAGAACAGAAAAAUAGCAUGUAGCGUGGUGCUAGAGGCACAAUUUGUCUUAAUAAUCUCACAUUUUAAAAAAGCGAUUUCAUAGCUUUGGUACCAGUGCUUGGGUGCAAAUUGUCUGUUGAAAUUUCGGAAGCCAAAAAAGUUGAAAAGCAUCCUAUUUUGGGUGGCAAUGCUUCAAUCCCCUGCAUUUCUGAUGUUCUUAACCAUAACCAGAAAAAAACCCCAAAUGAAUUAUGCAAUUAGUUAAAAAAUAAAUUGCAGAAUACAUUUUGCAAAGUUAAGGACAGCGUAUAAAGAGAGUGGGAUUCAACUGCUCUUAUAGCAGAAUUUGGAUUGCCUAGAUAAAUAUUUUUUAAUAGAACAAAUGAAUGCAGGCCUGAAUUUUUGUGUUUUAAAAUUUUUCAUAAGUGUUAAUUAGACCACAUUAGCCUUAAGUUCUCAAGAUAGAAAUGUAUUUUCAAAUGCUACAAACUCCUGUUUGCCUGUCAUUAACAACUUCUCAUUAUUUUUUCUUGGUAAUUGUACUUUGUUGGUUAGGACUAUAGAUUUCAUGUAAUUGCGAAAUGCAGUUUUCUAGCAUGCAGAACAAUAAAGAGUUUUGCAUUGACCAAAAAUGCGUCAAAUGUAAAAAAUGAAAAUGUUUAAGGCAGUGGGUCCUUCUUGAUUGUGAUUUAUAUUUCUUCACUUUUCUGUCUCCAGAGGGGCUACUGGGCAGAUAAUUAUUGUGAAGAGGAACUUGGUUACAUCUGCAAAAGAGAACCAUUGGCAUUUCUUUCUGAAGAAGCUGAAACUGCCAAUCCAGAUUGCCAGAAAGUAAGUCUAAAGUAAACUGUGUAAGGUAGAAAAACGAAAAACGGUAAAGGACCCCUGGAAGGUUAAGUCCAGUCAAAGGUGACUAUGAGGUGUGGCGCUCAUCUUGCUUUCAGGCCAAGAGAACCGGUGUUUGUCCACAGACAGCUUUCCAGGUCUUUCCAAGUAAAUUAGGUGCCCUGAACUUAAUAUGGCAAUAACGUGUGUCUAUUGACUUUUUGAAUAUUUUGACAGGGCUGGAAAAGGCAUGGAUCCUAUUGUUACUUAAUUGGACAAACAUCUGCAACAUUUUCAGAAGCACAGGCAUUCUGUGAAACAAACAAGGGAUCUCUGACCUCUGUGGAGAACAGGUAUUAUUCUCUCCCCCCACCCUGCCUGACGUUGGUUGACAUCCAAAGUAACAUUUAUGUUGUGGGAAUCAAGAAGUGAGGUAAGCUGAGGCUUGAACAUGCUCAGUUUAAAACCUGCAGGUGCUGCCUUGUGAUUGGCCAAAGAUCUGCAGGAUACAGAAACCUCUUUUGGAGCAGAGACCCUUUUUGGACCUGGAUAUGGUCACCAGGUGAGCCUGGGCCCAUUUCCCUAGGAGCAGCCCCUCUCCAUCGACUCCUAUUGUGAUUUGUGAUUAAAUCACCCAAACCCUCCAAAUGUCACUAUUUUCCAGGGACGUCCCUGAUUUAGAGAAGCUGUCCUGGUUUCUGAUUUAAUCGGGGAAUGUCCCACUUUUCCUUAGGAUGUCCCUAUUUCCAAUGGAGAAAUGUUGGAGGGUAUGGAGUUAUCUGACCCUCUAAGUCGUCUGAAGGCAAUCCUGUAUAGGGAAGUUUUUUUUUAAUGUUUAAUGUUUUCUUAUGUUUUUAUAUAUGUUGGAAGCCGCCCAAGAGUGGCUGAGGCAACCCAGUUAGAUGUGUGGGGCAUAAAUAGUAAAAUUAUCAUUAUGGAAUGGGACGUUCCUAUUUCCAUUGGAGAAAUGUUGGAUGGUGUGGAUCACCCUCUUUGCUGGCAUCGGUCCCACCAGCUUCUCAGGUCACGUGACUGAGUGGAACAGUCCUAAGAUCCAGUUUGAAUCCUCCUCCCUCCUGCGCUGCCCAUCCCAUGUCCCUGUUUCAGGGCUUAUGAUGGUUUAAGGCCCUCCAGGCUAGGAGGAACCAGGAGGGUCCUGGGAGAUGUGCUGGCAUAGCCUGGCUGAGCUCCACUUGUAACCCAGGCAAGCUCAGCCCAACAAAUUAUGUUUCAGGAUUCUAAACUGCCAUUUUGAAUUAUCCGUUCUGCGUUUCUUUUGAAUUUCCUAUUUGAGCUGCCAUCUGUGGCUUGACUUCCUACCCAGAGAGCCUUUAAUUCCUUGUUAUAGAUUUACUGGUGGACCUGGACAAUUAAGACUUUCAGCCUCCAUGUGUUUCCACCUUAAAUAUGUACGUGCUUUCUAGAAUAUCUUCUUAAAAUCUUAAUAUUAUGCUGUACAAAUAUGAGUUCCAUACAGUGUUUUAUUUCUUUAAAAAACUGUUUAGGGGUACUCUCAUUUUCCUACUCAGUUUGAAAUAUUGCCCCUCAAUGAGGCCAAACUUAGAUUCACAAAACAUUUAGGGGUAUGUUUACCCUUGUGUACCCCCAGAAAAAAAGGACUGGUUCCAUAUAUUACCUGAGUGUAGCUGAGGUUCACCCACUUUCAGCUACAUGCUCAGGUUGCAAUGUGUAAAUGUAUUGAUCCGUGAUGGUGGAGCUAUAAGCGUAGCCACUCCCCCUUGGUCACUGUGAUCCACCCCUUGCCCUUUGAAUUGAUGAGAGCUGGCCCAUCCAUGGUAAGCCAUUAAUUUAAUUUUAAAAUCUGGAAAUUAGAAAUCACAAACACACAGAAACACAAAUGUAUUUUUUAAUACAAUUGUUAUGUAUUCUUCUCCACAGAUAUGAGCAGGCCUACCUGACUAGUCUAGUUGGCUUUCGUUCUGAAAAAUAUUUCUGGAUCGGCCUUUCAGAUGUAAAGCAACCAGGCACAUUCCACUGGACCAAUGGAGACAGUGUUCUGCUCACCCAUUGGAAUGAAGAAAUGCCUCGUAGGUGCUGCCUGAAGCCUAACUGAGAUUGUAUUUCACAAAGGGUUUCAACUAAAGUGGCUCUUGUCUUGUGUCUCCAAAAGGGCAGCUUCCGGGCUGUGUUGCCAUGAGAACUGGGACUGCAGCUGGAUUGUGGGAUGUUGUGAACUGUGAGGAGAAGGCACCUUUCAUCUGCAAACAACUGGCAGAAAUUGUGACAACUCCUGCCCCAACAACAGUUCCCCUUCCCCCAUGCCCAGAAGGAUGGCAUCCAAGCAAUUCUAGAAGCGUGUGCUUUAAAGUAGGUAUAGAACCUCUUGAGUCAAAGUUCUUGUAUUUUUCAGUAGCAGAGCAAAGAGGGUAAUAGUGGCUUUUGUCUGUCAGUGAACCUUUAAAGGUUUUUGGGAGUGCUACUUUUAGUUUCAGUUUAACCGCUCAGCACACAUUAUUGUUAUUCUUUUUAUUGUGCAGUUUCGUUAAGUUUAUUUGAAGUUCAAGAUUUAGAAGGUAGAGGGCAGAAGGUAGAUUACUGGUUUGGAGAAGGCUGGGAAGGAUUUCUGCCUGCCAAAUAUUUUAAUAUUAUCAGCAACAAAAUGCUGAUAUUGUUCCUGCCAGUGCACAAGCAGCAAAACGGGAUGCACUGCCCUGUCUCCCUUCUCAGCCUUGCCGCUGCAGAGAUCUAUCAGUCACCCUCCUCCGACGUGCGUCCGCAACUCAUGCUACUGUACAUGAGCACACAUUACUCAGCAGUGUAAACACACAACAGUGCUGGCUUGAGGUGUGGAUACUAGGCUACGUUUAUUGAACAUAAAUCAGGACAAAGAAAACAUGGCUUCUCUCCUUGUCAUUCUUCUCGGAGAGAGAGAGACAAACAAAAGUACAGUGGUACCUUGGGUUACAUAUGCCUCAGGUUACAUACGCUUCAGGUUACAGACUCCGCUAACCCAGAAAUAGUACCUCAGGUUAAGAACUUUGCUUCAGAAUGAGAACAGAAAUCGUGCUCCAGUGGCACGGCAGCAGCAGGAGGCCCCAUUAGCUAAAGUGGUGCUUCAGGUUAAGAACAGUUUCAGGUUAAGAAAGGACCUCCGGAACGAAUUAAGUACUUAACCCGAGGUACCACUGUAAUACAGAGCAGAUGUUCCGCUCACGGGACUCCAGCAAUCUGUGCUGGAAUGUAAACACAGACAUGUGACAUGUAACAAUCCCACAUAUCUGCAGCAAGGGUGGAAUGGAAUUCCCAACACUCCACACAGACAGGACAGAGAAUUAAAAGUGAUAUAACAUGAAGGGUGUUUUUUUUUAAAAUAAAAAAAUCUAGAGCAACCUUGUCCAUCAUAAACUUUUGUAAUCAUCGAUAAUUAAGAUAAGCUUUUUGCUUUGUUCUUCAGCCUGUUAAUUGAUGCCUCUUCUUACAUCAGCAGCUAAUUUGUGUUCUGGAUAAACCAGUUGUCAUUAGUUCCAGUCUCAAAAAAAGAAGGGAAGUUUUGCUGACCUGAUGCCCUAAGGGCUAACCUUAUUAUGGGCUAUUGCGCAGUGUCUGGGCCCAAUGGUGGUUCUUCUCUCCAAAACACUCCUCCACAUCCGAAAACAACUCCUUGUCUCUGCAGAGGCAUAGGAAGGGGGGGCCGCCCUGGGUGUCAUCACUGAGGAGGCUGACAUUCGGUGCACCGGCUACCGGCGACUCCCAAGCCUACCCCGAGCUGUCGAUGGGGUGGUGGUGAGGUGACAAAAAAAAAUGCACUGGGUACCACCUGACUUUGCUGUGCCUCUGUGUCUCCGUGUGCAGCAGUGAGGUGAAUCCCAAUUAAUCUUCCUAAAUGCUGGUGUUUGUGACAAAUAUCUAAUUGUAUUCAUAUGCAUCUAGGGCUAUAACAAAGACAUUCGGGACAAGAAAACUUGGUUUGAAGCAGAAGAUUUUUGUAGAACAAUUGGGGGGAACCUCAUGUCUGCUCACAAUAAGGAAGAGUAUCAGCUGCUAAAAAGGUUGGAAGUUCCAUAAAAUGUUUAUUCACGUUGCCUCAGAAUCAAAAGCAAUGCUGGUUAGGGAUGGGGAAGAAAUUUGUUCUGUUUGCAUCUUAAUGUGAACUUCCCAAUUUUAUGUAUUUACACCCCUAAACCAGUAGCUGGAGCAAAACUCAUAUCUUUUUUAAAAUUCACACUCUAAACCCCUCCAUGUCUCUCAUUCACACACUAACUAACGACACAGCACCAGAGGAAUCCCUCCAAAAUGCUCUUUAGAGAGCCAGUGUGGUGUAGUGGUUAAGAGCUGUAGUCUCGUAAUCUGGGGAACCGGGUUCGCGUCUCCGCUCCUCCACAUGCAGCUGCUGGGUGACCUUGGGCUAGUCACACUUAUCUGAAGUCUCUCAGCCCUAGAGUGUUGUGGGGGAGGAAGGGAAAGGAGAUUGUUAGCCGCUUUGAGACUCCUUAAGGGGAGUGAAAGGCGGGAUAUCAAGUCCAAAGUCUUCUUCUUCUUCUUCUUUAUUCCAAAGGGUGAAUCCACAUCCUAAACAGGCAGAAUCAGAGAUCACAAAAGCAGUGUCAUCCCUCUCUUCACCUUGCCAGGUUUUCCUGAAAGCAGAUGCUGACACUGGCACCUCCUAGCUUCCCUUUCAUUCUGCCACUUCUUCUACACUCUUUCCAGUGGCCAAUGGCUAGAAGCUGCCAUGUUGUUUCUUAGAAGACCUCCUCACAGAACAAGCUCUGUUCUUUGAAAGGGGGAGCCUCUGGGAAGUUUGAAGUGGCAGCUCCCAGCCAGUAGCUCCUAGAAGGUGUACCACUGCUAUUAUACCAUUAAAUUGUUAGGUCAUAAAAUUGUGGGUUUGUGGGGUUUGUUUUUUUUAAAAUGUACAGUGCAGCAAACAUUGAACAGGGCAAGCAUUUCAACUCAGCCUUAGUACCUUUAAUCACCUUAAAGAUUUGUGCCUCAUUGUGGAGAACCACUCAAUUCAUCAUUAUCCUAUUCAGAGAAGGAACCACAUAAUCUGAAAUGUGAAUUGCCCCUUUCUUUUUCAGUAGUGUAACAGAUAUUGCAGAUAUUCGUAUAGGCACAUGUGCUAUAAUAGCAGAAAGAAGGCAGAGGAGAGAAUGACUGUGGUGCUGCCUCAGUACCUAUUUUAACUGAGGACUAACAGUAUAAGGAUAAGGCGCAGUCAAGAAACACCAAACAGUUUUUGUAUAUAAUGAAGAAAGGACUGGGAUGUCCAUUGCGAUUAGUCAGAUAUUUUGUUGGGUUGCUUGUGAUAUUUUUUUUUAUCAAAUUCCUAAAUGUGCCCAUGGGCCCAAAAGGACAGGGGCCUCAGGGUUUAUAAAGUUGUCAGCUGUAAAGAUCCAGACACAGCAUUAAAUGUGGGUGUGCCUAAGAAAUGACUACAUGUGAUAUGAACACACAGGGAGUUCCUGCUCUGAAUGGCACACCUGUUCUAGAAACCUGAUACUCUUUAAAUAAAUGAACUGAUGACUGUUGCAUUUAUGCUGUUCUAGCAGUUCGAAAGCACGUCAAAGUGCGAGUAGAUAAAUAGGUACCGCUCUGGCGAGAAGGUAAACGGCGUUUCCGUGCGCUGCUCUGGUUCGCCAGAAGCGGCUUAGUCAUGCUGGCCACAUGACCAGGAAGCUGUAUGCCAGCUCCCUCGGCCAGUAAAGCGAGAUGAGCGCCGCAACCCCAGAGUCGGCCAUGACUGGACCUAAUACCUUUACCUAGAGAGUAUCAAUAGUCCUUAUUUUGAAAGUUUCAAAUCUCUGUAUUGAAAUCCAUUCUUUGUUUCCAGUUUUCUGCACUCUAUAAUUAUUUUUUAUAUAUUUUAGAAUUUGUGACCACUUCUGUUGGAUUGGUUUAAAUGAGUUGGAGCCCGAUAAAGGAUUUUCUUGGACUGAUGGCUCUCCUGUAAGUAAAUGAUUAAUGCUGAUGUAUUGAUACCAAAAUUAUUAUUAGUUUUAAGGUUCAAGCACUCCUGUCCUCAUACUAAACUCUGACAGAUCCCAUAGCAGUAUUUUAAAUGUUUAGCCAGUGACAUAUCCAGCAUUAAAGUCUUUGAACAUAUGCUUUGUAUGCUAUAACAUUUUUGGACCCAAUAUUUAACAGCAGUUCCUGCAGAGUUGCUUCAAGUUGCUGCUUGCCCCAUUGGAUUUGUUUUAUUUUAUUUUUUUUAAGUUUUAUUAUUAAGUAAGGAAUGGUGCUGGAGGAGACUCUUGAGAGUCUCAUGGACUGCAAGAAGAUCAAACCUAUCCAUUCUGAAGGAAAUCAGCCCUGAGUUCUCACUGGAAGGACAGAUCCUGAAGCUGAGACUCUAAUACUUUGGCCACCUCAUGAGAAGAGAAGACUCCCUGGAAAAGACCCUGAUGCUGGGAAAGAUGGAGGGCACAAGGAGAAGGGGACGACAGAGGACGAGAUGGUUGGACAGUGUUCUCGAAGCUACCAGCAUGAGUUUGACCAAACUGCGGAAGGCAGUGGAAGACAGGAGUGCCUGGCGUGCUCUGAUCCAUGGGCUCAUGAAGAGUUGGACACGACUAAACGACUAAACAACAACAACAACAACAACAACAACAACAACAACAACAACAACAAGGAACACUACAUAAAAAUGAACAUUUGGCGCAGGAACGUUAUAACAGGAAAAAACACACUGACAACCCAGUUUGCAUGUGGUGCAAACCAAACUAUGGCUGGAUCUAGGCACAUAAAAAAAGCAUUCAGUUAAACACAUUGCAAACUUUGUAUGAGAAAGACUGUCUCGCCAGAGUGGUGCAUGCUCUAGUUAUCUCCCGCUUGGACUAUUGCAAUGUGCUCUACAUGGGGCUACCUUUGGAGGUGACCCGGAAACUACAACUAAGGAGCAGAUGAGCUAGCUACUGCUGUGCACCCGGGGGUGGGGCCAUGGGGGCGAGGCGAGCGUCCAAGGGGGGGGGUGGAUUGAGCUGCCCAUGGCGGGCUGCUUCCUGGGGGGGGGGGUGCUGCAAUGCUUUGCCAGCAGCCUUCGUCCAUUUCCUCUUCAAUUUGACAGCUCGGGGGUUUCCCCUUCCCAGGAAGCAGCCCGGUAGCAGUGGCAACGGCACACCACCUGCCUGCGACACCUAAGCCUCCCUUGAGCUGUCAAAACUAAGGGGGAAGGCCGCCGGCAAGGCAGUGCAACUCCCCCCUUUCCCCAACGGUUCGGGGCAGGCUUGGGAGUCACAGGUGGGCGGCGCGCCAAAUGUCACCCCCCUCAGUGAUGACACCCAGGUCGGACCGCCCCCACCGCACCCCUCUUCCUCCGCCUCUGACUGGGAAUGGCCGCCGAAACCAUAUAACACCGGUCCUAAAGGAUCUACACUGGCUCCCAGUAUGUUUCCAAGCACAAUUCAAAGUGUUGAUGCUGACCUUUAAAGUCUUCAAUGGCCUCGGCCCUCUGACCUCUGAAGGAGCAUCUCCACCCUCAUCAUUCAGCCCAGACACUGAGGUCCAGCUCCAAGGGCCUUCUGGCGGUUCCCUCGCAGCGAGGUAUAAAUAAUAUAUUAUUAUUAUUAUUAAUUAUUCCGGUUAGCAAAAAUGGAACUCCAUAUCACCAUCUGGUGUCAAAGCGUGAGAAUGCAUAAACAAUGCAUAUAAAGCACUUUGUCUUUGCCAGUGUAGCUGAGUUCUCUGUCUCCUUUUCUGUAAAUCACUAAUGAAAUCUUUAUUCCUAUUGUAGCUUGACUUUCGAGCAGACUUUUCGCCUAACUCUUACAAAGACAACGAUUGCAGAGGAGUGAUUCUAGUUUAUUCAUGGUGGAAACCUGAAUGGUGUGAGAAUUAUCACAACUGGGUUUGUCAAAUAAAGAGAGGUAAGAUUACUUUUAUUUAUUAAUUUAUUUAAAUAAGGUUUUAUUGGUUUUUACACAUAUUUUCCAGCAUAUCAUCCUUUUAAACAUCAUUUCAAAAUCUUUGGCUAUCACAGCAUAAGACUUCCUUCAACCUUGACCGACGUUUUCUAAAAUCUUUUCUAAUUAUGCAUUUUGUUACUCGAGUUAUUGUUAUAAAUUCAAAUCUUAGUACCUAUGCUUAAUUCUUUUCACGAUAACUUAUAUAUUACUCUUACAAAACUUAUUUUAACCCUACAAGCGAUGUCAAUUGGUUACAGUUGCUUUCCAAAUAUGUCGAAAACUUCUUCCAUUCCUUUAGGAAAAUCUGGUCCUGCUGGUUCCAAAAUUUCCCGGUUAAUCUUGCCAUCACAGCAUACUUCAUCAAUUUCUCUUGCCACUCUUCUUUAGCUGACAAAAACAAACCCCUGUGUUGCAAUGAGAACCAAUCACAGAAAUAUAGACACAACACGUAGGCUAAUAACUGUUAAAUCAUAAAUAAUAGAACAAUGAUAUCAUUCAAAAGGUAGAAAUAAAUCUAUUAGAGUGUUUAUAUAUACAAUGUAACAGACUAGUGGCGCAGAACAUUGAGCCAUAGGCUCAAUAGGUGUCAAAGAUCAGUAUUAUGGGUAAAUCAAAAGAAAUUUGGUAUUAGGCAAGAUUUUGAACGGCGGUUACGUUAAAGGCCUUUGCAGAUGACUUAGUCAUAACAGUGGAAGAAACAUUCACUAGUGCUAGAAAAGCACUAGAAAGAAUAGAACAAUUCAGACAAGUAGCAGGUUUCAAAUUAAACAAGAAAAAAAAAGUUAGUGAAAAAUAUGAAUUUGAUUGAUACAUUGCAGCAUCAGAGUGGAAUAGAGGUUGUUAAAAAAGUUAAAUAUCUAGAAAUCUGGUUAACAUCGAAAAAUAUAAAUUUAUUUAAAGACAAUUACACACCAGUAUGGAAUGAUAUUAAAAGGGACUUAGAAGUGUGGGGAAGAAUGAAAAUAUCCUUAAUUGGUAGGAUUUCAGUUAUUAAAAUGAGCGUGCUACUGAAAAUGUUGUUUUUAUUUCAAUCAAUCCAGAUAAUUAACAUAGUUGGUAUCUUUAGAGAGUGGCAAAAAGGAAUUUCAAGAUAUAUCUGACAAGGGAAGAAGCCAAGAAUUAAAUUUAAAUGGUUAACAGAUAUAAAAGAAAGAGGGAGCUUCUCCCUACCAGAUUUGAAAUUGUAUUAUGAAGCAUCAUGCCUUUGUUGGUUAAGGGACGGGAUAUUGUUGGAGAAUACAGAUAUUUUAGAUCUAGAAGGAUUUGACAACAGAUUCAGAUGGCAUGCAUAUCUAUGGUAUGGCAAAAUAAAAGUUCAUAAAGGAUUUGGAAACCACAUAUUUCAAAAGUCAUUGUAUGAGGUGUGGGAUGGAUAUAAAAAAAUAUUAGAACCAUGGUGGCUCUCGCCGCUUGAGGCAAUGAGUGUAAAAAAGACAUAUAUGUGUAAAAUUGGUCCACCUAUGAACAAUUAGUAAUAGAGAUGGAGAACCAAUGGAAGCUAAAGCCACAUGAAGAUGUAAAAUGUAUGGCGAAUGAUUGGUUGCAUUAUUGUCAAGUCAAUGAAAUUUUUAAAGAAGAUAAAAACAAAAAUGGAUUUGGAUAUACAAAAUCAAGGUUUGAAUUGGAAUUGGUAAGUUCACUUUUAAAUUACAAGUUCGUGAAGCAAAGUGAAGAGGACUUUUUUCUGCACUGCUGAAACUGGAUUUUUUUUUUAAAAAAACAUGCUUGCUACUCACCUGGCCUUUUGUGAUGAGGGAAAAAAUAAUGUGAAAUUAAUUUAGCUUUCAUUAUGAAUGUUGCAGAGUCCAGAGCUUUGGCUGACAUUUUGAUGAGAACAAGCUCGUUGUGAAUACAGGAAGCUACUGAUAGUUCUUUCACAUAGGGUUAUUAGCUGUGUCUCAGAAAUGUAGAAAUGUGAAAUGCUAGAAAUAACCCUUUACUUUCAUUGUCAUGGACUCCUGUUUCGUUUUUCAGGUGUACCAUUAAAACCGGAACCAAGCAAUGAUUUUGGUAUGUUGGCUCAUACUGUCUUCUCUCACGUCACACGGGUCUUCCUUAAGCAGCAUCAUGGAAGGUGGGAGUGGGUCUCUCAAGUCAAGGAUGCUUCUGUCAGGAGCCAAAGAUACUUGUGCUUCCUGACCCUGGGCACUCCAAUUCCUGCCUUCCCUCAGAACAAGCAGAUUUUAAGUAGCCCUAAGGAAUGUUGGGGAGGAACUGCUCUAGCAGUUCUCUACAGCCAUUGAAAGUUUUCUGAUGAUGAAUACGACAACAACAACAACAACAACAACAACAACAACAAUUUAUUUAUGCCCCGUCCAUCUGUCUGGGUUUCCCCAGCCACUCUGGGUGGCUACCAACAUAAUAAUAAUAAUAAUAAUAAUAAUAAUAAUAAUAAUAAUAAUAAAGUGAUAAAACAUCAAACAUUAAAAACUUCCCUAAACAGGGCUGCCUUCAGAUAUCUUCUAAAACUCACCUAGUUGUUUAUUUCCUUGACAUCUGAUGGGAGGGCAUUCCACAGGGAGGGCGCCACUACCAAGAAGGCCCUCUGACUGUUUCCCUAUAGCUUCACUUCUCACAGUGAGGGAACCGCAAGAAGUCCAUCGGAGGUGGACCUCAGUGUCCGGGCUGAGAAACUUCUUCAGGUAUACUGGGCUGAGGCUGAGGAGCCAAUGGUAGAUCUCCCUGGUCUGGGCUUCCUCACUCCUCUGAAAUGAGUUACACAAAAAUGCAAAAGGACUGUAGCUCAGUGGUAGAACAUCUGCUUUGCAUGAAGGAGGUCCUAGGUCCACCAUAUGUCCAGGAAGGACUGGGAGAGAUCCCUGACUGAAACCUUGGAGACCACUACCCGGCAGUGUUGACAGUAUACUCAACUAGAUGGAGCAGUGGUCUGGCUUAGGCAGUUCCCUAUGUUCCUAAGUUUCAGGUAUUCUUGGCUGCUCAUUAUCAUAUUCUCAUAUUAGUGAGCCUUGGGAGUGGUUCUCCUGCUGGGAUCUUCAGAAAAACCUGACUGUCUGAAGUUUAGUUGCACUAGGCAACUAUUGAGUGUGAUUGAGAGUUAAGAGAGAAAUUAUCUCAUAGAAUCAUAGAAUUGUAGAGUUGGAAAGAGAUCCUGGGAAUCAUCUAGCCCAAAUCCUCUGCACGUCUACUUGGAAGUAAAUUUCACUGAUUUCUGUUGAAGAAGAAUGGUUCCAUUCCUACUCUCCCUCUCGGACACAAACAAUAUCAUCCACCAGGGAUGAAGGCUAAUCUGGUGCUUAGCCCAGACUGAAAUAGGUCAAAACCAUCAGUUCUCCUCAAGAGCAUCUGAACCAUGACCAACGUUUCACGCACCUUGCCCAAAAACAAAUAUGGGUGGCUGACUAGCCACAAUAUGUGGAGACAUAAGCUAGUACCUUUAAGCACGCACAGAGUGCUUUUUCUUCAAUCUUACAUACUUUCAUUUCAGCGCCCACCCCAAUCCAUGCCAUGAUCACCACGAUUGAACUAGUCAGGUUUUUCUUCAGAAUCUGUUGUUCAUGCCUCUAAGGUGCUCUUUCAUUUUAAGUAUAUAUUAUUACGGCCACACAGCUGUUUUGUUGUUGGUUUACUCUAAUGUAGCAGUGUUAAAGCAUGCAGUUCUGGGGGCAGGAGGGUGGACAUGUUCACGGUGUGCUUCAAAGCUGAAAUAACACACAUCACUGUUGGGGUCACCCCAGUUAGGACUAUUAAAAUUGCUUGGCUUCACCACUGGUUGUGCGAAGUAAAUUUAUUUGUACUCUUGUAUUUCAUUUUAUAAUAUUUAAAUUAUCUUAAAUUAAAUGGGGGAAAAACAUUUCUUCUUCUUUUGCAGCAUAUCCAUUUCAAGUAACUGAAGACGGCUGGAUUGCAUUCAAUGGCACUGAGUACUAUUUCAGUAACACAACUUUAACUGCAGGAAGAGCCCGGAGAUUCUGCAAAAAGGACGCUGGAGAUCUUGCUGUUAUUGAAAGUAGAAGUGAAAACAAGUUUUUGUGGAAAUAUGUAAGAAAUAUAUGAGAUAUAUUUCCCCUUCUGAUCACAUAUCACUAGGCUUUUGGGGUUUUUUGUUUUUGUUUUUUAAAAAAGCCAGAUGAAUUGUUUGAUCGUGACCAUUUUGUUGCCUGCUAAACCCUUUCUUCAGGAUGGUGUCACCAGAAGCUUGCAGAGAUUAACAGUGCAAUCCUAUGCGAGUUAUACUGCACACAUCUUACACUCUGUGCAGCUUCCAACAUAUAUAAAAACAUAAUAAAACAUUAAACAUUUAUAAAACUUCCCCACGCAGGAUUGCCUUCAGACAGCUGGGGGGGGGGAUCCUUACACUCUAACAUUUCUCCAGUGAAAAUAGGGACAGCCUAAGGAAAAGUGGGACAUUCUGGGAUCAAAUCAGAAACUAGGACAGCUUCUCUAAAUCAGGGACAUCCCUGGAAAAUAGGGACACUUGGAGGGUCCCUCAGCACUUCACUCAGCACUGAAAUCAAAGCUCUGUUUCUCCCAUAGCCUCCAUUGCAGCCUGAGGCUCUGCCCCUAGAGAGAAUCAUUUGCCCAUCCUUUCUUCUCUGGUGCUUGAGAAAGAGAGAGCAAAGACCGACCCACACACAAAAUGGAGAUUUGUAACUGAAUACCUUUUUCAUGUGAGAGUCAGCAGAGAUACAUUCUAAGUAAAUUAUCAACUGUCAGGCACUCUGCUCUAGCAUUAAGCUUCAGUGGAAGUUUCCAUGCUACGCUUUCAGCAGAAUGCAUACAGAGAACACAGUUAUUUUCCAUUUCAAUGUACACUUAAACACUUAUACUUAACAAUCAGGGCACUUGGGAAAUUCACGGGACUUUGGAAUCAGCAGAUUCUGCUGACUACUGCUAGUGUGGGGACGGGGGACGGGACAACGACGACUACCAAUGGUAUCUUCCCACUGUGCUGGGCAAAGCUGGGAUCUCUGCCACAGCAGAGACAUCUCAGCCAGCAGCAUUCCUCUCUGGGCAAGCAUUGAGGUGACCAUAUGCCACCCUAACACACACACACACACACACACACACACACUGUCCAGGUAUGAAUUGAGAGAGGAGCCAGGAUUGCUCUCUAACUUAGUCUGGAUUCCAGUUGUUGAGGAAAAGAAAUGAGUUUCAUGCCCUGCUUUUAAACUCAGUUGAAGAGCACAAUCGCUGUUACUCUUGUUUAUCAUUACUAGCUUCUUUCCAUAUGGCCUGAUUUGUAAACUCUGAACUUCAUGUGGAAUAACUGACAUAUUUUCAACUGGAGAACACCAGUACUUUAUUGUGUUUCUUCCCCAUCUUCCCCCGUGUAUGUUGUAGGACAUUACUUUCAGAACUGAAGGAAACCUUUUCAUUGGUUUAAUUCUGGGUCCGGAUAGAAGUUUUGGGUAAGCGAACAGAAAAAUAAAAAAUGGAAAUCAGAUUUUAAAAUGGUAAUUAUGUAUUAAGUUUCUCUUAGAUAAUAGCUAGAUUGGCAUUAAAAUAAUCUGGAUAUAAGGAUGUUCUGCCAACAUUUUGACUGUUUUGAGCAGAUACACUGAUUGACACUACAGGCCUACGGUCUCUGCGAUGGUGCUACAGAGGCCAUAGGAAGCUUGCAUUUCUUGCUCUGGGAGUGCAGAGGGAGGUCUGAUCUUGGAGAGAGAGAUUCCAUUCAACUACUUUGUCCCUGUCUUGUCCCAUUGCUAUGAAAGCUCAAUGUCAGUAAAGCUGGAAAGCGAGUGUGCCAGAAACAGGCUAGGGGGGGAAGCCUGGCUCCAAAGGAUCCAGCACCCACACAUACCCCCAAACUGUGGAGAAAUCUAUGUUUCCAAUGGAAAUGAAAUAAUUUCAUGGUCGGGGUGGGGUGGGGAUUUAUUUCCCUCUAUCCAUUCCCGUCCCUCUCUGACUUGCCACUGGGAUUGUAUGGAUUUACCCACACUUACCUUUGCACUCUGCUUUCCAGGCAUGAUCUAUGCUUUAAAGUUCUGUGUCCAUGUCUGAGCACCCCCUUCCCAGUGCUUUUGCCAUGAAAACCCACUCUUUACUGCUGAAUCAAACUCUGGAAACCCCCCUCCCCUCUGAAUGUCUGUUUGCUCCAAUUGAGCACUAAAGAGGAGGUCUUCAUGGGGAUAUCUCUGGGCAAGGAAAACAACAAUGCUAGGACACAGAGCUUUAAAGUGCAGAAGCACGCAGUGCAAGUAGAUAAACAGGUACCGCUCUGGCGGGAAGGUAAACGGCAUUUCCGUGUACUGCUCUGGUUUCGCCAGAAGUGGCUUAGUCAUGCUGGCCACAUGACCUGGAAAAACUGUCUGUGGAAGUGGACAAACCCUGGCUCCCUCAGUCUUUAAAGCGAGAUGAGCGCCGGAACCCCAGAGUCAUUUGUGACUGGACUUAAUUGUCAGGGGUCCUUUACCUUUACCUACCUGGAAAGAGCAGGGCAAAAGGUAAGUGUAGACAAGCCCUAAGAGUUAUCCCUUUUAUUAUAAUAAUUUAUAAUAAUAAAUUAUAUAAUAAUAUAAUAAUAAUAAUUAAUAAUACUUAUUUAUAUCCUGCCCAUCUAACUGGUUCUCCCCAGCCACUCUGGGUGGCUUCCAACCAAAUAUCAAAACCAAUACAGCCUCAGACAUAAAAAACUUCCCUAAACAGGGCCGCCUUCAGGUGUCUUUUAAAAGUAAAAUAGUUGUUUAUUGCCUUGACAUCGGCUGGGAGGGCGUUCCACAGGGCAGGCGCCACUACCAAGAAGGCCUUCUGCCUGGUUCCCUGUAACCUCACUUCUCGCAGCAAGGGAACUGCCAAAAGACCCUCGGUGCUGGAUCUCAAUGUCUGGGCUGGAUGAUGGGGAUGGAGACGCUCCUUCAGGUAUACAGGACCGAGGUCGUUUAGGGCUUUAAAGGUCAGCACCAACACUUUGAAUUGUGCUCGGAAACAUACUGGGAGCCAAUGAAGAUCUUUCAUUAUAUGGUCUUGGUGGCCACUCCCAGUCACCAGUGUGCACUCCUUUGCCUCUCCUAUUUGCAUUAGGGCUGACGGUGCCAACCUCUUAAUUACAAUCAUACAAUGUUAUAUUUCCUCCAAGGCUGUCACACUCCUUUCUCCCUGUACUUUCUUUCUCCUCUGAGAAAGAGGGCACCACUCUCCUCUCUUCCUGAAUCCUCCUGUUCUUGUACAUAGCUUGGAUGUCGUGCACCCCUAGUUUCUGUUGCCCUCUGCUCCAACCACACUCUGAAUGUGGUUCAGCAAUGACGUUCAGCUUUUCAUGACACUACAAGAAGAGGGUGAGAGUACUUUUCAGCUGGUCUUCCUAUCACACUGACCCACAUUCAGACCCCAUCCCUCACCAUAGGAAGGUUUUUCAAUGUAAUGUUUUUUUUUAAUUGCCUUUAUAUCCAUUAAUCCUGCUCAGCAUUCUUAGUGCUGGCAGCUUUUCUUGAAGAGCCAAGUCGCAGGCUUGGAAAUUCAACGCCUAAAUAUUUCUUUUCUUAGCCUGACAUUCUCUUUGUUAAAAACAAAACAAAAGUCAUCGUAAACUUAGGAAGUGCAAAUGAAGGACUAAAUACCGCAUGUCAUUUUCUAUAGCUGGGUGGAUAGAACUCCAGUGACCUAUGUAGCCUGGGCACCCCGGGAACCCAACUUUGCAGACGAAGUCGAAUUUUGUGUGGUCAUAUAUCGUGAAACAGGUAAUUAGAAUAAAAUGUUACUAUUAUAAGCAGUUAUUGAGAAUGUGCAUGCUUAAUGGUGAGGAUUAAUAUGAAUAGGCACCACACACUGAACCACAAUCACUAUUCCACCCAAAAUUAAAACAUUAAACCGAGAAUAAUCCAUUAUGUUAAACCUCAAUAACUGUCUUCCUUUGGAUAGGACAGGGUAUUAAAGUGUUUUAAAGGAUACUGAGGCAUGGGGCCUCUUACUACUACUAGCUAUUUUUGCUAUUAUACAAAAGAAAACUCUGGUACUUGGAGACAUAGGGAAGUUAAACAGGAGAAGGAUUUUAUUUUACAACAAAACGGGUAAAACAAAAGAUUUUGACAGGAGAUAGAGUUCUUUCAACAAACAUAAUAAUAAUAAUAAUAAUAAUUGUCAAGGCUGCCUCAAGUCUCAGCUCACAAAAGACCAACGCCUAUGUCUUCUUAUAUACAAAAGUGUUUAUUGCAGUUCAUUGUUUGCUUGACAUCCUAGGCGCGCAGCCUUACGUCUCUUACGCUUAGACCGCUGUAGUCCCCUCUGAAUCCGUCCCUCCCCUGCACCAAUUUAAGAGGCUUGCGCUGCUCCACCUCUUUCUCUCCUUCCUUUUCCGCAGGGUCCUUCUGCCCGCUGGGGUUUCGCCCCUCCUGGAUUCCUCUGACGCGGAAUCAGACUGCUCUUCCCCCUCCUGCGGGCUUUGGGACCUGGCCCCUCCUCCGGGCUCCCUGUACUUCCGCGCGCUCUACAUUUGAACUAGGCGCGUGCGCCAAACCUCUAACUUUCCUUUUGACAGUUACACUACUCCCUUCACUGCUCCCCUUCCCUUCCGGGAGGGCGGCUUGCUCUGACCUCCCUCCUUUCUCUGCUGCCGGAGCUGCUUCCUCUGACACACUGGAAACUCCACCCCCUUCGCUGCACUCUGGUGGGGAGGCUGGUCCUGACGCCCAGCUGCCACUUUGGGAUCCUCCGCUGGCCCCCUGCUCCUGACACGUCCCCCCUGGGGCUCCCUGGCCUUGACCACCGGCGCCCUUCUGGGAAUCCUCUGAUUCGCUGGAAAGACUCAUGGAAUCUCUUGAGUCAUUGUCAUCCUCUUCCUCGCUGGCUUGGAAUUCAUCCCCAUCGCUCUCCAUCUCCUGCCUACCCUGUGCCUCUCUCCCUGAACCCCUGACAAUAAUAAUAAUAAUAAUAAUAAUAAUAAUAAUAAUAGAUGUCACGGAGGGGUCACAGGACUGCGCUGUGCUGCCUGCCUCCCUGUGUAGGGGGGAGCCCAGGUGGCCACUUGUCAGGCACCCCCCCCCCGUGUUGGCCACGUGGCUAUUCAGUGAGGGAUUCGGCAGCAGGCAGGGCAGGGUGGGAGUCCCUGUGUAGGGCACUUGGUUCGUGUCUCCCCUGCCCAAAUUUGUGGGCCCAGGCCUAUGGUCCUCCUGCCCACCAAGCUACGCCCCUGUCUGAAACAAGUUGGUACUUUCUGUCAGUUUCCCAACCUUCUGUAAAUCAAGUUACUGAGGCUCCUCUAUUAGUAUACCAGACCAGGGGAUCACCCCACCCAACCUAUCUUUUUGGGGAUUAUACUUCUCUCACUGGAAGUUUUAUUCCCUUCCUACUGAACUGAGACCCACGUAGAGUGUUCCCUUGCAACUCCACUUCUCCUGCCUCGAAAUCAGCUACCUGGUUCUUAUACUCUUGUUGUUGUUUUUUAAAAAAAUAUUUAUUAAUUUUCCAACCGUCUAAACACAACACAACAAAACAAAACAAAACAUAACAAAACAAGACACAAACCAUUUAAAACACAAAACAAUUUCAAUAUCUUAUCUUUUAUUCCCUUAUUUCCACGACCUCCUCACACCUCCCUUUUUGUAUUCCACUUCUGUUAAUUGUUUCAGCAAUUCCUUUCCAUCUUCCUCUGUUUUCUAUCCUAUAAUUAUCUUAACAUAUUCUAACCUUAUUUUUCCCUUUAAUACUCUAUUAAUCUAUUUAUACUUGAUUCCUUAUAACAUUUCUACUAAAGCCAUAUAACUUCAUUCCAACAUUUUUCUAGCAUUCAUUAUUUUUACAAUAUUUCUAUAAAUAGUCUUAAACUUUUUCCAAUCUUCUUCCACCAACUCUUCUCCCUGGUCUCGGAUUUCUGCCAGUCGUUUCCGCCAAUUCCAUAUAGUCCAUCAACUUCAUCUGCCAUUCUUCCCGAAUAGAUAAAUCUUGUGUCGUCCAGUACUUCACAAUGAGUAUUCUUGCUGCUAUUGUUGCAUACAUAAAAAAAGUUCUAUCCUUCUUUAACACCAAUUGGCCGACCAUGCCCAGGAGAAAGGCCUCUGGUUUCUUCAAAAGGGUAUAUUUAAAUACCUUUUUCAUUUCGUUAUAAAUCAUCUCCCAAAGUGUCUUAAUCCUUGGGCAUGUCCACCAAAGGUGAACUCUAAUCCUCAAAUUCGUCUGUUUUUCUUUCAAUUCAGUCAUAGCAAGCGUCAACUUAUGUUCAUCAAAUUGCCUCUGUAGGGCUGGGGCUCUCUUUCUCUUUCUCUCCAGUUGUGUUACUUUACAUUCAGCAACAACAGCUUUUUCCCUGGCUUCCUCCACAGUUUGCCGUAUCAAAGUAGGUUCCUGUAUCAAUUUCUGGGUGGUUUCUAUAUUGGUAUUAUUUAUACUUUCUGUAUUUAAGUUAAUUUUAGUAGUUGAAACAUCCACUUUCGCAUUUAUCGUGUCCAUUUUCCUGUUAAGCUGAUCCAGUGAGUCAUUUAUCUUAUAUAGUGCAGCCACUAAAGCCUCUUCUGUCGACAUUUCUCUUGGUUUUAAAUAUACUGGUACAAAGGCAGCAACAGAAGGAGCAGGAGGGCCUGAUGAUGGACCUCUUCUGGAUUGUUGCCAAGUCCUCCCAGACCUUAAUGUUUUGUCAGCAGUUGACUGGUCUGUUUUUCCUCUUCCAUUUACCAUAACACUUAAAAGAUUCAAGGUCAGUCCCAGAGUCUCACGGUUUUUAACUUACAGCUGGAAAUUCCCCUAGCCCAGCUCUUGUAAAGCAACCGGUUUCAAAGGCUUCCACUAGGGGGAAACAAUUUCUAUUUGUAACAGUCAAUAGUAUCCUCUUUUAAACAAUCCAAAUUUAGUUUCAAAUUAGUUUCAAUUUUCAGAUACUUUUACUCCUUUUUAAAGCAGCCAGAGACAGUAGAAACAAUGUAUUUCUCUAACUAGCUGUCAAUAAACGUUCUAAACGCUGUCAAUGAACAUUCCAAAAGACGUCAGUCCUGCUAGCAGCCCGUUUCCAGGGUCAGAGCGGCGGUAUUCUAGCUCUCUUCACUCUCUCCUGCAGGCAUACUCAGUCCACAACUUCCCCCCCUCUUCUCCUGCCUCCAAGGGGGGGGGGGUUAAAUGUUCUUUACCGAUGGAAAUUUAAUCUCUUACAAAAGGCUUUCCAGGACUCCAGCUUGCAACUUCAUUGCCUCGGUCUAUUUACAAAAGGGGAAGGCGGACUUCCUGUUUUGAACCUCCCCGUUACGGUCGGUACCAAAUUAAACAUUUAGAAAUCCAAUUCUUCCGCUUCAACUCUACUCACGGGUAAUUACUUUAAAGUCAAAUUGUCCACAGGAAAAGAUCAGCGCUCUCCGGCAACAGCUAUGCGGCUUCGCUCCGUGGAAGAAGCAGACGAUUUGAUGCACCGCGCUGCUCACCCCACGUCGCUCCGGAGCCCCAAAAACCGGAGUUCCCCGCGAGUGGGAAAGGCGCAAAAGGUGCCCGCCGAAUGCCACGCUCACAGGCUUCUCCCGCCUGUGAUUUUAACGGGUCUCCGCCUUCACCGCGGCGGCCAGACCCAGAUUCCCACGGAGCAAAUUCCUCCCGGUCAGAGGAAUUCCGCCAUUACCGGAUGCACCUCCCCGGAAGUCCCUGGUUCUUCUACUCUUGAAGGACACUCAUCACUAGCUUUCAAUCUAAGCUCAGAGACUUCUUUCUCUGGCUGUGGAUAUUUUCCUCAGGGCGGAAUACACCCUGCUCAGAGGCUAUUUAUAGUAUCCAGAUGAAUGCUAGGAACUCAACUCUCAACUGCUUUUCCUUUUUCCCUCCCAAAGUGGUGAGCCCGCCCUGCUCUGGCUAGCUGCACCCGCAGCCAGUCAGAGUAAGGCUGCAACUUAGCUCUCUGCAUCACCACACUCUGGCCUACCUAGAAUCAUAGAAUCAUAGAGUUGGAAGAGACCACAAGGGCCAUCGAGUCCAACCCCCUGCCAAGCAGGAAACACCAUCAGAGCACUCCUGACAUAUGGUUGUCAAGCCUCUGCUUAAAGACCUCCAAAGAAGGAGACUCCACCACACUCCUUGGCAGCAAAUUCCACUGUCGAACAGCUCUUACUGUCAGGAAGUUCUUCCUAAUGUUUAGGUGGAAUCUUCUUUCUUGUAGUUUGGAUCCAUUGCUCCGUGUCCGCUUCUCUGGAGCAGCAGAAAACAACCUUUCUCCCUCCUCUAUGUGACAUCCUUUUAUAUAUUUGAACAUGGCUAUCAUAUCACCCCUUAACCUCCUCUUCUCCAGGCUAAACAUGCCCAGCUCUCUUAGCCGUUCCUCAUAAGACAUCAUUUCCAGGCCUUUGACCAUUUUGGUUGCCCUCCUCUGGACACGUUCCAGUUUGUCAAUGUCCUUCUUGAACUGUGGUGAGCUUUCCAUCAUCAUACCUGAGCUUUCCAUCACAGAUACCAAUCAAAUACUUCUGACUAGACAUUGUUAGGAUUGGGUUGUAAUUCAGCAUUCUCUGAGCAAAGGAGUACAGCAAGAGAGAGUUUAGGAAAUACUACCCCGACUUAUUGUUUAUAUGUUGUUUUAAUAACUUGUAGGCUUUAAUUAAGUCAUUUCUAAUAUGAAGUACUCCAUAUAUAUAUAUAUUACAUUAUAAAUCACCUCCUAUAUGAAACAGCAUAGUAUACUUGCAGUACAGCUGUUAUUGUUGCAUUUUAUUUUUGUUGCUAAGCUAUCACUUGGAAUACGUACCUGAUGGGCUGUACUAGUGAUUUGAGCUUACCUGUUGACUCGUAACAACUUCUCUGUUCAGGCUUAUGGAAUGACAUCAAUUGUGAAAUUGAGCAUAGAUUUAUCUGCGAAAGGCAUAACAGUUCUGCCCCUUCAACUGUUGCUCCGACAACGCCUGAACCUCUUGGAGGCUGUCCUCAAGGCUGGCACUUCUUCGGUAACAAGGUAACUAAUACAGCUUUUGCAAAUAUAUUAGUAUAUCAGCCUUUUUUCAGAUACUAUGGUACAGACAAUGAAUACUUUUCCAGAGUAGUUGAAUAUGCACAGAUUGCCCUCCAUGUCCAUAGUUCUAUUCUAUAGAUUCCACAUCCUCCCUCAGCCUUCAGUACAUGCUAUGAAGACUGAAAAGGUCUGUUGAGCUGCAAAAAAGGAAGUAACAGUGAAAGUGAUAAAUAAUGUAAACUAAAACAAAACAAAACCUAAUUGUCAAAUAGGGGAAUUGGCAUUUUAAAAGCUCAAGAUAUAUGCAAGCUACAGAAAAGAGCAUUGAAAGUGGCUUCAAACUAAGUGUUCAGCAUUUUUUCGUGCUUUAAAGUUAAAUUAGCAUUUAUUAAAUGACCAUCUGAAAAAAUACAGACUGUUUUGCUCCCUAACCCAGAGCCCAAAUGCUGUUUUUCCAGGCCUCCUAGAGCCAACACUUUGAAGAGCCUUGUUCCUCAUUUCUGCCUUCCUCCAUCCUUGUCUGAUGGCAUCAUGUGAUGUAGGCCCUCUCUCAAUGGCAUAUCUGCACUUGCAGAGCUAUCAGCAGAGAUAACUGCCCUUUCUAGAGUACAUGAUUUCUCCCCAACCCUGAUCCCAUGGGAUUCCCCCUCCAGUUCGUGAAUCGGGGGUGGGGGUGGUUACAAUGACUCUAAAACCCAGUUAAACUAUCAGUUUCUGCUACUGCUAUCCCGGCACCGUUUCGUGACUCUUGACUGCAUUAAACAAUUCAUGGGUGAUGGAAUUUUGAAGUUUCCCCUGUUGUAAACAAAAAUUGCCCUUUUCCCUUAUGGGGUAUCCAAGAGCCCAUAUAGAGUCGUUACAUAGGUUCCCUAUUGGUAGGAGAGAAAUAACAGAGGCCAACCAGAGAAUAUUAAGAAGCAAAGCAGCUAGUAAGCUUGAUCUUUAUUGAUCUGUUGCAACAGGGUGCUCCCCUCACCCGCAGGAGAAAGGGAACCCAGAAAAAUGGCGCAGAAGGCCUUAUAAAGACUUUUGAAAUUGCCACCCUGUAGAUCAAGACCACCCCCAGAAACAUCAUACAUACAUCACAGAAGGGGUGUAACCUAAGACCACCCCUCAGAUACAUCAUACCUACAUCACAGAAAAAGGCAGAAAAGGCGGUCUUAAAACAGAAAUUUGAAUGUUGUUUUUCUCCUGUCGUUGUUUAUCUCCUGUCUGGCAGGUUACUUGAUUGGAUUGCCUGGGUAGCCUGGCCAAUCUUUUGUAGUGAUAAAUACUUAGUUCCUGGACCAGGUCACAGGGUCACACCCUAUUCAAACAAAGACAUACCCUUAAGACAGGAUUUGUGAAGGAAAAGACAAUGGGGAGGCUUUUCCAUUUUCCUUUGACCUUGCAGAGAAAACAUUUGGUCGGUUUAGGAAUCAAAAUGGUUCCAGGUUGGUCUUCUUGUGCUGAUCUAUGUACGUGCUUGGUUGGUACGCUUAUGAACAUUACCAUAAAUCUAAGACCAUAAAAUUCCUAUCACACCCUCUCCCUCACAGUGCUUCCAACUAUUUGGCCUUCAUGAAGAAGAAAGAAAAAACUGGUCUGAUGCACAAGCUACUUGUGAAGAUCUAGGAGGAAACCUGGCUAGUAUUCCAAACAAAGUCGUUCAAGGUGCGGUCAGUUGUUUUAAAACACUCUAGGGGCUGCUGCCCCUAGUAGCCAACUCUGCCUACCCACCAGUUUCCAUUCCAUUGCCAACUUUUCUUUCUUUAUGUAACCACCUCACCCCAGCUCCAUGUUCCCCAUCCCCUCAUAGCUUCACAAACCCCCACCCCAAUCCCUAUUCUCCACUACACCCAGCCAGUUAUGAGCGUGACUGCAGAUGUGUGCAAAUAUUUUAUAGGAAGUGGCCUCAUAUUUGAAAAGUCCUGGCACUCCUACUCAAGGUAUCUUCCUGUCAGAGGAAUUACUGGAAUGUGAUUCUAGCCAUGACUAGUAUCUAGUGAUACUAACCAUUUAUUAGAUAAAGGGCAUUAGUUUAACAAAUCUGUCAUGUAAAUAUGUGUCUUUAUUUUCAUUCAGCAUUCCUGACACUGCAUUUACAAAGUGCUUCCACUGAUCCUUGGAUUGGACUGAGUAAUACUUUUAGUCGAGGCACAUUUGUAUGGAAAGAUAGAAGUGUUGUCUAUUAUACAAACUGGGCCAAAGGCUUCCCACUUGGGAAUUAUGAUGUAAGUACUGCCUGUGUGGGCUUUCAUCUCUUUCUUUUGGAUCCAUGAAGCUACUGUCAUAGUGGAUAUCUAAUCCCUCCCAGCAGAUUGCAAAAUUGCAAGUAAAACUGGUGUCGAAAAGGGGCAGAACGCAGAAAUCCCCAAUUACGUGCGUCCUAUAACAGAACCCCGGUGUAAGUGGCUUCCAUAGGGGAGCCACAGAAUGAAUGUGGUUGGUCAAGGGAGCCAUGGACUCAAAAAGGUUGAAAACUGUUGCUAUAGAAGAAUUGGGAUUCAAAAUGACUGCAACAGAUUAGACAACGGCUUCAAUGGGUCCAAGAAAUCCCAAUCAAAAUGUAAUCAAUGUUACUCUCCGCCUCCUGCCCCUUAAAACAGGAAAUGUCCUCUGUAGUAUUUAUUUUAUUUUUAUUUAUUUUAUUUCUAUACCGCUUUAUAUUUUUAAGAAAAACCUCAAAGGGGUUUACAGCAUAUUAAAUCAAUAAAGCAUAAAUAAAACAAUCUGAAGAAAGUCAAAUAUAGAGUAUACAGUCAAAGCAACGUAACAGAAAACUAAAAUAUCUUAAAGAUUUCAAAAUAAAACAUUGCAAAGGAGGUCAACUACAGAAUGCAUACGGUAUUUAACAUAGUAGGGCUGGGUGAGUCUGGGCCCUGCCUCCUAGGCCAGGUGGAAAGGGCCUUGCGAUACAAGGGCUGUAUAACAAAUUUGACCAAGUUUCAGACCAAAACAAAGACCAGAGGCAUUUCUUCUUGGAAUAAUAGUCAGACAUCCCCAAGGACCCCCCCCCCCAAAAAAGAGUAUUUUUCUAUGCAACAACUGCAGCUCGGAUUUUAUAUGCUCAAAAAUGGAGGGGGAGAGAGCAGUCCCAAUGAGGGAGGAAUGGCAGUUGAGGAUGACAGAAUAUGCAGAACUGGCUAGUUUAACCAGCAGAAUUAGAGACAAGAGGAAAGCAUAUUUAAGGAGGGUUGGAAAAUGUUUCUAGAGUACAUGAGGAAUCAUUGCAAACAGAUUAGAACAUUAGUAGGUUUAAAUUCAGCAGUAUAAGUUAUGUUGAGAUAAAAUGAGAAAGAAAAAAUAAGGAAUGACUAGAAUGUGCAGCUGCAAUGGAUGGUUGGAGGAAGCUGUGGAAAGGUGGAAGGGAAGUCAAUGUUUAAUUCUUUAAUGUAUGGUUAUAAUGAAUGUAAAAUAAUUUGAAUGGUGAAAAUCACAAAAAAUUGGGGUGGGUGUGUUUCAAACCAAAACAGGCUGAUUUGGGGAGAUCCAGGCAUCAGUUGAGUAAGGCUGAUAUAGCUCUGGAUCACUGUGGGUUACACCUGGUUGGGUGGUCCAGAGUAAUCCAUGGUUAUCAGUGGGUGGAGCAUUAAGUAGGGAAGAGAGGCAGACAUCAGGUGUGCAAAGGCAAAGAGUAAGGUGGCUCUUGUUUGACUUGUUACUUUCUUACAUUUUCGUUCCUUAGAAAACCGUCUGCGUUUUUAUAACGAAGAAACCUGAAAGAGAGGCAGGAAAUUGGAGAAGUGGAAAUUGUUAUUCAAAGAAAAGCUACAUCUGCCAAAGAAACACUGGUACGUGUUUAGAAGAGAAGUAACAGAGAACAUUGCUAAAUCCAUCUUAAUGAGUCCCAACCUGUUUUCUGUGCCAUUUCAUUUUGGCCAGAAAGAAAACUGGAUUGUCAGCAAUGUAGUAGAGAUUCCAUACUCCCUAUUAUACAGCAAAGAAAGCAGCAGUCAUGACAGCAUAAUUUUAUACAUGCACUGAAGUGAACCGUGAUGCCAAAGAAGCAUAGUUACUAUAUGUGCCUACCAAUAUGCAACUUGAUUUUUCUACAGCUCAUGCUAAAAAUAGGACAGUAUGAGGCUGCUGACAUAGGUUUAGUUCUCUUCUAGUGUAAUAAUAUGGAGCCCAGUUCAGUUGAUCAAAUCACAGGCUUCUCCACUGACCUGUUCAAUUUUUUAAAUUUUUUUAAAAAAGACCCAAACCCCAUUUGUACAGCCACACUCCUUGGAGGGUGUUUAUUAAACCCACCUUGAAAAACUGCAUAGUCUUUGGAAACAAUGAAGAUGGGUUUCAAAUAGGUCUGUGAAUACUUAUUAGGAAUUUGAUUGUAAAGAAAAUGUAUUCUGUGGUCUGAUCCAGAUCUGUCUUUAAUUAAAACUUGGACUUGUCCACAUUUAAAAGUACACAACAAGGUUUCUAAAUGUUUCAUUUCAGCUUUGUAUAAGAUGUUGCAGGAUGAUUGUAUUCAGAAAUUUAACAGAAGCAUAGAAUGGUAGAGCCAUCAAGUCCAACCCUCUUCAAUGCGGGAAUCACAACUAAAGAAUCCCUGACAGGUGGCCUUCCAACCUCAGUUUAAAACAGAACUGUUUCGGUGUCAGGUGAAAUGAAAUUUAAGGAUAGUGUAAUGUGUAAAAUGAGCUUUUGCCUUUUCUCUUUAUUGCUUUCCUAUAGACCUUGCAUUAUCACGCUCUGAAAUGACGAUUCCAGUCUCUGGCUAUACCCUCUUUGGAAACAGCAGUUACUCUCUUGCUGGCCCCAAAAUGACAUGGGAAGAGGCCAGGAAAAAAUGCAAUUCUGAACAGGCAGAGCUUGCCAGCAUUUGGAAUCCCUACAUUCAGUCAUUCCUGUGGCUACAGGUGUUAAAAUAUAGGCAGCCCAUGUGGAUUGGCUUGAACAGCAAAAUGGUGAGUAUAUGCAGUUAACAUUAGUGUAUUCACAUCAAAGGUUUGUAUUCAAAGGUGUGUAGUUAGAAAGUGCAGGGCUUUUAUUAACUCAUUUUAUUGAGCAUAACUUCCCCCAAACAGCUUUGGAUAUAACCAAUUGAUAAUGUAUAAACAUCCAUAAUAACCCAAAAGGUUUUGCCAAAAGAGUCCCUCCAGCCAAAGGCAACUCAACCACUCUGCAUUUCUUGUUUAUCUCCCAGAGAGAAAAUCCUUUUCUGUUUCUCAUACACACACCCUCAGAGGAAUUGCCGAUUCAGAAAUAAUAUCCAUUAAAUAAUAUCAUUUAAAGCACAGUAAUACCUUUCAUGAGCAUUCUCAGAAGUACCAACUCCUGUACAGAAUCCUGCUAGGGUGGCAUGCAUGUGAUUAAACAAAAGAAGAAGAAGAAGAAGAAGAACCUUUGCCUUCACUCUCAUCUGUGAAAAGAAAAAGGUUCCUCAUGCAGUAACUUAAUUCUCCAAUGCAUAGGUCUUAUCUCUUGUAAAUCCUUUUUUUUUUUUUAAUGAUAUUUAUUAAAAGUUUAAGAAUUACAGAAAAAAAGAGAAAAAGAAAACAACAAAAAAUUGACAAAGAUAAAAAGAAAAGCAUAAAAAACAAUACAACAAUACAGCAAAAAAACACACAAUAACAUUAAAACACACAUCCAAUGUUCCAUAUCUUUAUCUUUCAUUUACUUGUUUCAUCGACCUCCUCACACCUCCCUUUUUGUAUUCUAAUUUAAUUUAAUUAAUUGUUUCAGCAGAUUCUUUCCAUCUUUCUCAAUUUUUAUUAUGUAAUUUAUCUUAACGAUCUAACCUUUUAAUUAACUCAGCAAAUCCUUUCCAUCUUUCACUAUAUUCUGUCAUUCAAUUUACCUUAAUUUAUUUAACCUUAUCUUACCAUAAAAAAACCUUAAAACUUAAUGUACAUAACUCCUUAUAUCAUUUCUACUAAGUACAUAAUGUACAUAACUCCUUAUAUCAUUUCUACUAAGGCCAAAUAGUUUCAUUCCAACAUUUUUCCUAAUACUCAUUAAUUUUACACUAAUUCUCAAAAUAAUUUUUUUAAAAAUUUCUUCCAAUCUUCAUCCAACGUCUCUUCUUCCUGGUCUCGGGUUUUGUCAGUCCUUCUUGUCCAUUCCAUCUAGUCCAUCAACCUGGUGAUCUUAUGUCCGAGGCUCUUAAGUCAUUUCCAUGUCCCUUCUGCAGAUCUUCUUCUUGUUUAUACCUGCACUUUACUUUGUCUUUUGUUGAUCUUUUUCUUAAUUUCUUUCCUUUCUCAUUGGGGGGUAGGUCUCGGGGGGACUCCAAUCCAAAAAUAUCUCCAUCUCUCCUCAGCAGAUCAGCCCAUUCCCCACAGUCCCAUUCCCCACAGUCAACACUGUAAUCCAGAAAGUAUUUAAAAGCAUGUUUCAAGGUCCUUCCAAAAUUAAGAGCCCUCACAACUCCAGGCCCCCCCUGGUCCACUCCAGAAUCAAACUUCAAGAACAGCGGCUUAUGCUCCUGCAAGGCCUCGGAUAUCUCCAUUUGUGUUACUUGAGGUUCAGCAGCAACCUCCUCCAUUAUCUUCUGCACUUGCGCUUGCCCUGUCAAAACAAGUUCCUGGGCUGGUUCCUGAAUGGUUUCUAUAUGGGUAUUCGCCGUUUGUCCAAAGUUUUUAACUGCAACAGUCAUCAAAUCCAUCUUCUCAUGCAUCUGCUCCAGCAAGAAGCUUGUCUUGCAAAAAGCAAGCACCAAAACUUCUUGUAAACACAUUUUUAUUCAAGGUCAGAGUCUGGUCUCACGAUCCUAAUCUUACAGCUGUGAAAUCCCCAGAUCGACUCCGGCAACAAAUUAACAAGCUCCCUCUAGAGGAGACAAUUUCUACUUGUAUCCAUCUUUUGAAAGCAGGAUCAACAAAAAAAAAAUUACUUUCAUUUUUCAAAUACUUUGUUUCUUUUAAAUGCAAGAAGCAACAUUGGAGUCAAUUUGUUUCUCUUUUUUUUACUAUCUGUCAAAAGACGUUCCAUUCACAGUCGAUGAACUUCCCCAUAAAUUUCUGUCUCUGACACCCCAUUCCCAGGUUUGAGACGGUGGAAAUUUAUCUUUCUUUACUCUCUCUCCUGCAGGCUUAAACAGUCAAAAAUCCCCCCUUUUCUCCUGCUUCCAAGAGGGGUUUUGGUGGUAAUAUCUGAAGGAAAUUUAGACCUUUAUAUACGACUUUCCAGACUUUAGCUUACAAAGUUUUUGCUUCAAUCUAUUUACAAAAAACAGGAGGAGGACUUCUUGUUUAGAACCUUCCCGCUUCAGUGCCAAAUUAAAAUGUUUCUUAAUCCAAUUUUCCGUUCUACUCACGGGUACUUGUUUAGAGUCCAAUUGUCCACAGGAAAAAGUCAGCGCUCUCCAGCAACGGCUGUGCGGCUUCACUCUGUAAAAGUAGCGGUUGAUUCAAAACACCGCGCCACUCACCCCACGUCGCUUCGGAUCCCCGAAAAAGGGUUUCCCUGCAAGUAGGGGAGGCACUCCCGGUGUCAGCCGAAUCCCACGUUCCCAGGCUUCCUCCGCCUGGGAUUUUUAGAGGGUCUCUGCCUUCGCCGCGGCAGCAAGACCCGAUUUUCAUGGAACGGGUUCCUCCCGGUCAGAGGAACUCUGCCAUUGCCGAUGGCACUGACCCGGAAGUUCUCUUGUAAAUCCUAUACCUCCCAGAGCGGCUGGAGCAACCCAGUCAGAUGGACGGGGUACAAAUAAUAAAAUAAUAAUUAUUAUACAUUAUGUUUAUAAGUCCUAUAUAAAGGUCAGUUGUCAGACAAGAAGAUAAGCAAUUCAAGAUGUUUUCUGCUGUGCAGCUGCAUUUACAUUCUCUUUUCUUCAUGCUGCUUCUAUCUGCAGCAAAUACACACACAAGGGCUUACAACCAGCAUAUAUUAAUGGAGGCAACUACCUUUCCAUAUUACUUCAGAUGUUAUAAAUAUAACAAUACCAGAAUGAUUUUCCUGAAAGAUUAUUAAGGGAAUGAAUGUGUGUGGACAUUAGAAUGAAGGAGAAACCAAAGUAAAUCACAUGAAGUGCAUCUUAUGGGAAAUGAACCUCAAAGGUUUUUUUCAAGUGUUGUUCCACUGUGCAUUUGUAUUUUAGACUGGUGAGCAAUACAAGUGGAUCAACAACCGGAGACUGACAUAUACUAAUUGGGCUCCUGAAGAGCCAAAGCAGAAGAUAGCCUGUGUCUACCUAGACCUUGAUGGUCACUGGAAAACAGGAACUUGCAAUGAAACAUUCUUCACUGUCUGUGAGCGACAUCAUGGUAAUCAAAGAAAAAUAUCUGUUUUAAUAUGAGACAUCAAACUCUAAUUUCAAUAAGGUCCCCAUUUGAGCACAGAGAUGAGAAAAGUGUUCUUGGUACUUCUGCCUCUUUCAUAGGAAAUAAAUGAACAAUAUGGUACUAUUCAAACUAUCAAAUGAUAACAAAUAGAUCAGUGAAAAUAGAGUGGAGUUUACAAUAAAGAAUCCAGUAUCAGAUAACUCCAUUUAGGUCCCACUGGUUUUAACUGAAGAGACAUAGGAGCGUUGUUGUUUUUAAGAAAACAUUUACAACUUUCUAAUUUUUUAUUUUCAGGCGAUGUUGACUUUCUAAAGCUAUUAAUCCUUCCAUGUCUCAGGAGGUUCACUGCAAUGCUUUACCCACAAGAGCAGAUGUUACAGUUUUGGGAUGCAUAACAUUAUCCCAUAAUUCUUUGUAGACAAAUUGGUCUGAAAAAAUGCAAACACGAGAGAAGCAUAUGUGGGUUAAAAAGCACACCCUGUCAUCUGUCCAGGUGUCUUUGAGCUAGGCACCUUGAAAAUUCAUUUUGUGGUGAGAAAGAAUGAAAGGAUUUUCUUUCCACCUCUGAUGCAAGUUUGACCUGUCAAUCAAAAACAAAGCUCUCCUUCCUUGUCCCCUCCCCACUGUGAUGUCUGCUGUACCUUCCCCCGUCAUGUGAUGCUGGUGUUCUGGUACACUCAUUUUCACAUUCAGCAAGCUCUUGUCUGAAGCAGUUUGUUUCAAUCGUUGCUCUACAUCCCCUUGUGAGUGGAGCACAUUUGUCCAGUGGCAUGGCAGCUCUAGGAUGGGGUGAGCAUGAGCUUCCUGUUUCUCACAGGGCAAUUUCAAGAUCCAGUUGGAGGCUGAGAAGUCUCAAGGGAUUUCACGAGGGGCUGGUGGGCCAAGGGCUUCAAAGCCUCAAAGACACAUCUGUCGGGACCAUUUUCUUGACCAUGCUUCCUGACCUGCCCCUCCCCUCGGUGUUAGUACUUCAUCAAAUUCUUUGGGUGUCUUCCUGUUUUACCUUCAUAAGCUGCAAACCUGCAGCUGCUGCAGAAAUAUCUGGAUUGCCAUCAAGCACUUCCAUGGUCCCUGCUUUGUGCAAAUAGUGCGAACAGAUUCCAUUUCACCUUGUACAAGCCCAAAAUUCCUCUAAGGUACCCUGCUUCAUCCCCUGAUGCAUGAUUUGUCCAAAUGUUUUUCACACCCCUAGUAUUUAUAGAUUUUUCAGGUAACUAUAAUUUUUUGAAAAAAAGAAAAAUAUGUUUUUUCCAUAACAGGUGACAUCCCAGCGGAAGCACCACAGCGCCUAGGAGAAUGCCCUUCAUCAAAAGGAUACCCAAAAGCUUGGGUUCCUUCUCGGACUCAUUGCUAUCAAUUCUACCCUACGUCAGAUACAUGGGCAAAAGCAUUCAUAAGAUGUUCUCAGCUAGGUGGGUGCCAUUUCAAAUCAGAUCAGUUAGUAUCCAAUACUAUAGAUAGAACAGUCCCUUUGAGUUCAGUGGGACUUAUAGUGGAUACAGGAUUCUGAACUUUGACCAGAGACAGAGGCUGAAAUUCCUGCCAACAACAAAUGUGUGUUAUCUUUGGGGCAGUGGGGUUCUCUGGAUGAAAACUGUGUUGUUUUAAUCAGUAAGAUUCAUAAGGUUGGACAAACCAGGAGGAAUGGAAGAAAUAACCCUUCACCCAGAAACUUAUUUCUUAUUUCCUGAAUCCAACAACAGAAAGUUUUAGCAUUAAAAGAAUAUUGAGAGAGACCAGUAUACAGGCCGGACACCAGGAAUCAACACCAUUAGGCUGCUGUCCUGAGCCUUCUCCUCUGAUGGACUCACCAUCCAGUCUUUCUCCCCUUCACUUGCUUUCUCCCCAAGCAGGCAUGGUGUGGUCAGAAAGCUUGGUUUCUGUGGCCUGCCAUUUUAAUUUCCCCUAAAUACGUAUGAGCCCAGACUGAGUAUUUCUCCACUGUUGGGGGAAUUACAAUGGUAUGUGCAAAUGGCAGUGCCUUUUUCCUGGUGGUGAUGUAGGUGCCUAAUGCAAGACUUGGCGAAUUAAGGCAAACAUAGGGGAGAUGAAGUGGGUAGAAUUGCCAGUGCCUUGAAAAUGAGUUUCACUAACUCAUGUCUUCAUUUCCCUAGAAAGGUGCUGUCACCCACCCCACUGUUGCUGCCAUCUUGGUCUGCCAGCAAGUCUCCAUUCAGUUUUCAUUUCCUUCCCACCAUAUCUACCAGUCCAGAUUACUUAUACUAUUAUUUCUCCUUGCAUCACUGCAGCUCAUUAAAUGAAACUUGUAUCCUGCUUCAGACUGAUGGAUCACAUUGCAACAAUUUCUAUUUGAUUAAAAAAAUGAAUUAAUUAAAUUGCUUCUGCUUUAGAGGCUGGCACAGCAGACAUGACAUCAAAAGCACACUGUACUUUUGCUUCUGUCUUCUGAUGAUCUUUUCCCCAACUUAUCAAUAUAAAAUAUCUUGACAGAGUGUUAGCUUUCUCUUGGGUUGAUGCUAGAAAGCUGUAGAAAUGUUUUUAGUGUACUGUAACUUGAAGAACAGGGCGAAUUAUGGUGGGGUUUUUUAAGUAUUAAAGCUCCAUUUUUUGUGAAGCAUCUACCUUGCAAAUUAUUUUCUGUUGAAAUUUGACUGAAUGGCUUUCUUUUUCGUUAUGCACUUAAUAAAUGGACGAAGUUACAAAGGUUCUUCUCCACUAAAACAUUAACCAAUUGAACAGCAAUCACAGAGAUUUGAAAGACAUGGAUAUACAGUAGAGGCUGGUGCCCAUUUGGACUCGGAGGGCAGAAGGCAGGGAAGCCAAGAGUAAGUGAAGCCAACACAAGUUGGCAGAGCUAAAGCCAGUGAUAGGCAGAACCCAACCAGCUCCAGUUUGUCCCCAUCCUCCUCCCUGCUGACUUACACAAAGGCAACUCUGAGACAGACAGGAAGUGCAGCCCCUCAGUUAUAAGUAAAAAAGUGGGGCUGGUCGAGGGCACAUUGAGUUUGGUGGGGCAAUGCCCUACGUGCUCUGAAAGGAUCAGCCUCCAAUGGGCAGACACUUUCUCUUAGAUCUCUAUAACUUCAUAUUGUUGCCAGUACCAGUCUUAGCCUAAUGGGCUGUUUUAUGUUUAUUUUUAAUGGGAAGACAAAUUUUAAUGAGUUGACUUUACCCAUUUGAUGUUUUCUAGGUAGCACCUUGACUUCAAUAGAAGAUUUAGCUGAGCAGGAAUUUUUGGUGGAACACACUCAGCAAUUCCGUCAACGAGAAUUUUGGAUAGGAUUAUUCCAAAAUAUAGAUGGUGAUUGUUUUACAUUUAAUAUUUAUUUUUAAGAUAACAGAUUUGCAAUAUUUAUCCAUGUAUAUAAGUAUGUUAAAAUAUGGCACACAUUUAUUUCUUUAUAAAAUGAAAGAGCUCAGCUGGAAAUGCCGUCAGUGUUAGCAAACAGAGCUAGCAAAUUCACCCCCGUUUGCAUUUAUGACUACACUUGGCAAGCAUUCAGGGGGGGAAAACUCACUCAUGUUCAGAGUAGUAUCUCCUGGCAUGUCCAUUAUCAUGUUGCCUUCUGCCCCUCCAAGGGAAUUGUCGUUUGCUUUCUUGUACCCUUUCCCCACAUCCUAGUGCAAGCCAUGGAAGAGAGGUGUCUAGCAAUAAUUAAAUCCACAAUAAAAAGUAAUGAUAAAGAAGCAAUAUCAAACCAUUGGAGAAACAACUUUAAGAAGAACAUUUAAAUAGGCUGGAUGUUAAAACAUUUUUAAAAAAUUAAAUUACUGAAGAAAACAGAAAGUACUUCCAACCACAUCAUCUCAGUAGGCCAAAACUGUCUUUAAAUCAAAAGCAUGUAGUCCCUUCAGCGAGGGGGCAAAAUGAGCCUUUCUUGGCAGGGAAUUCCAAAUCCCUGGAGCAGCUGUUGAGAAGGUCCAUUAUCAACUUCCUCUAAAAUAGACACCUGAUGUAGGUGGGACAGAUUAGAAAGGCAUCUUCGGAAGAUCUGCACACUUUUAAAAUAGGUUAAGGUAGUCUUCAGGUUGCCUGAUCCCAAGCCAUUUAUGACUUCUGCCUGAGUAAACAUGCAUUGCAUUUGACUGCCUGAAACUUCCAUAUUGUCAGACUUAUUAAUAAAAUUAGGGGGGAGAGAUAGUUUCCUCUUCUCAUUCUACUACUUGUUAAUUCAGUUCAUUAUAUGAAGACAGAAGAGCUAGUCAUUUGCCACCAAAACAGAGUUGUUGGGAUUUGCUACUGAUUUAGCAAAACAGUUAAUUAUGGCUUUGAUCUGGAGUGCCCCCUCUUUCCCAGGACACCCACAUAUCUUUAUCUAAAUGCUGUUUCUGAGAGCCAGCAGCCAUUCGAAAAUAUAUGGUUUGGGGACAAGGGGGGCAGUAAUGGCAGAAAUCAGAGAUAUCCUCACCAUUUUUCACAAGCAGAAAAAUGUAGGACAUAAGCUUAUAUCAGCAAUGUAUUAUACAAUAAUUGAGGUUGCAUGCAUAUGUUCCAGACUGAAAAAGCUUCAGAAGAAGAACAGCAAGUAUACUUUUAAAAUGAAUUUCCAAUAUAGAAUGCACUGCAACGUGUUGCUCUUCCCUUUAUAGUCAUUAUAACAAUCAUGUACUUUUGUAAUUAGGAGAAUGGGUAUGGGAAGAUAACACUGCACUGGAUUUUAUUAACUGGAAAGGUGAAUACCCCAUAUUUGAUCCAGAAUAUGAAUUUAUGGGACCUGCUUCUGGUCUUCCUGAAUAUGUGAACGAAUGCAUUUUCAUGUACGGUGAUAGUGGAGAGUGGAUCCGGGGAAACUGCAAACAUUCGCGUGGAUUUAUUUGUAAAACAAACAAAGGUAAGACUUCAAUGUUUAUUAUAGUUGAUUUAGUGAUACCUAUGAUACAAAGCAGUAUCUGAACGCUGAGAAGACUUGCAGGUCUUUUUUCAGCCAGAAUUCACUGGAACUCAUUUCCAGCACCUAUCAGGUGGGCGCCAUUGCCAUUAUAAGAGAAGAGAGGCGUUCAUGGUGAGUUCCGGCAUCUCUUUUUCUAGAAAAAUAGGAGUGGAGACUUGUAUAGAAUCAAUAAUACACUCUUGUCUAACUGUUCUCUGGCUAGAUUCAUACUACUAGAAGUAUAUCUUUAUCUGUCCUCGUCUUAAAUUUAUCCAUGAAUUCACGUCUAUGGUUCUGCUGCCCAGAUGAGGUGGGUUUCCAGGUUCAAGCCUGCUUAUGGGACUGAGGUGGCUUUUGUGGCCUUGGCAUAUGACUUAUACCAGGAGUUGGACAGGAAGAGUGUGGCCCUGUUGGUUCUGCUGAACCUUUCAGCAGCUUUUAAUACCACCAACCAUGGUAUCCCUUUUGUGCUGCCUUGCUGGGAUGGGACUUGGAGGCACAGUAUUGGCUGUUGUCCUGUGUUGUCCCUCAGGGUUCUGUUCUGCCCCGCAUGCUAUUUAAUAUUUAUAUGAAACUUCUGGGGGCGGCUGUCUGGGGUUUCAGGGUUCAGUGUCACCCAUAUGCUGAUGACACCUACCUAGCUCUAUUUCUCCUUUCCACCUAAAUCCAAGGAAGCUGUCUCGGUUCUAAACCAUGCCUGUCAUCUGCAAUGGACUGGAUGAGGGCGAACGAACUGAAACUCAAUCCAGCAAGAUAGAGGAGCUCUUGGUCAGUUGGAAGGCAGAACAGGGAAUAAGGAUUCAGCCUGUGCCGGAACGGGUAACAUGCCCCCUGAAGACAUAGGUUCACAGUUUUGACAUGCUUCUGAGCGCAGAUGCCUAGGUCUCUCUGGUGGCCAGGAGUGCAUCUCCGCAGUUAAAGCUAGUGCAUGAGCUGCUCACAUUCCUUGAGAUAUCUCAUUUGGCCAUACACCUUAGUUAAAUCCUGCUUGGAUUAUUUUCAUGUGCACUAAGUGGGUAUGCCUUUGAAAAGUGCUCAGAAACCUCAACUAUCUCAAAGAGAUGAAGCCAGACUCUUGACCAUGGCUGCUUAUAUAAGGGAGCAUAGAAAUCCCUUGUUACAUUAGCUUUAUUGUAUAAUUUGCUAUGGUAUAUUUUAUUGCCCCUUAAGCAUAUCCUUUAUUUUACAGUUUUUGAAGAGGCAAGUGGAGUACCUACAAAAAGUACAGGUAAGACUGUUUUAUGAAAAUAACCAAGUUAAAAGUAUAGGCAUGUAUAGUCCAGAGCACUGGACUAAAAGUAUAGGCAUGUAUAGUCCAGAGCACUGGACUAAACAUCCCCCCCAAAAAAACCUUCCAGUUCAAAAUUAAAGAGACAAAUGUCUGAGGGUCUUUUGAGAGGAUUAACUUUGACAGGUAGUGGACGUCCUUAAAAUGAUUGCUGGCAACCGUUUACUCCCAUCCCACCCCCCAAAAAUUAAUUAUCCAGGUGUAGCAUUGUUCUAGGGCAUUCUGGGAGGGAAAUGGCAGCUGCCACACAGAAACAGAAGUGUCACUCCUAGCUGCUUACUCACAUAGGCUAUGUUGAGGAAUCACGGCACCAAACCCCUUCAGACUAGUAACUGUAAGUUGUCACAGAUUCCAAAGGCAAGCUUGUACUCUGAUUCACUUCCAUGUGGGAGCUUAAUAUCACAUAUCACAAAUAGGACAUAGGCUGCAGGUUUUGUUUGUUUUUAUCUGAUCAGAUUUUUCACAGAAAGAGUAUAUCUAAAUUAAAUUGGGGUGGAGGGGAGAUAAAAGUACUUUGAUGCCAAUGUUGUCAUGUAGAUGCUGCAAAAUAAAUCUAAAAAGCACAGGAGGAGCACUUAUCCCACCACAGACCAGCACAGUCCUCUUUGGGUCCCACUAUUAUAACGCAUGUGACAAGAAAUGACAAGAAAGCCCAGACCACAAAGAAAAAAGAAUUGCCGGAAGAAAUAUCAACAACCUAAGAUAUGCUGAUGACACAACUUUGAUGACAGAAAGUGAGGAGGAAUUAAAGAACCUUUUAAUGAGGGUGAAAGAGGAGAGCGCAAAAUAUGGUCUGAAGCUCAACAUCAAAAAAACCAAGAUCAUGGCCACUGAUCCCAUCACCUCCUGGCAAAUAGAAGGGGAAGAAAUGGAGGCAGUGAGAGAUUUUACUUUCUUUGGCUCCAUGAUCACUGCAGAUGGUUACAGCAGUCACGAAAUUAAAAAAAACCGCCUGCUUCUUGGGAGAAAAACAAUGACAAACCUAGACAGCAUCUUUAAAAGCAGAGACAUCACCUUGCCAACAAAGGUCCGUAUAGUUAAAGCUAUGGUUUUCCCAGUAGUGAUGUAUGGAAGUGAGAGCUGGACCAUAAAGAAGGCUGAUUGCCAAAGAAUUGAUGCUUUUGAAUUAUGAUGCUGGAGGAGACUCUUGAGAGUCCCAGGGACUGCAAGAAGAUCAAACCUAUCCAUUCUUAAGGAAAUCAGCCCUGAAUGCUCACUGGAAGGACAGAUCCUGAAGCUGAGGCUCCAAUACUUUGGCCACCUCACGAGAAGAGAAGACUCCCUGGAAAAGACCCUGAUGUUGGGAAAGAUGGAGGGCACAAGGAGAAUGGGACAACAGAGGAUGAAAUGGUUGGACAGUGUUCUCGAAGCUGCCAGCAUGAGUCUGACCAAACUGUGGGAGGCAGUGGGAGGCAGGAGUGCCUGGCAUGCUCUGGUCCAUGGGGUCACAAAGAGUUGGACACGACUAAAUGACUCAACAACAAUAACAACAACAACAACAAGUUAAAGUCCAAAGCCAGUAAUUAAAUUAAGUUUACAUUGCACUCGCCAUAGGUGCCACCUCCCUGGGGCCCUGGAUGCCCGAGCACCCACAAAGUUCCCCAUGAAGGGGCCGGGCACCCACUAAUUUCAGUGCCAGGGCCAUGCAUGCUGCGUAUCAGAGACCAGGCUGAGGAGUACAACUCUGAUGAGGAAUGGUAGGAGCCUACCCCUCCCCCUGCUCAUGGCCAGGAUAUUGAAACUCCACAGGAGCAGUGGAGUAGUGUUGAUUUGGAACAAUGGUUCACUGAGGGGCACAGUUCAGAAAUCAAUAGUUGGGCAUAACUGGGAGGUGAAAGCAAGAAGACCAGGAAGAGAGUGAGCUAGCAGACUCUCUUGCACUGGAAGAUGUGCAGCAUCUCAGUCCCAAGGCUAGGAGAUUAGAUAAGCUGGCUGUGCAAAAGGCUCAAUGAUUGAGAGGUCAGGUGGCCAGGAGACGAGAGGAUGGAAGUGACUAGAGGGAAGUAGGAGGAACCUUAACUGGGAACACCUGCACUCUGAGAAUGGUCGCUUGUUCCUUUGCUGCAUUCAUUAAACAUUUCUAUUACUAGUAAGAGACUGCUUUCUCUUUGUACUGCUUAUCUACGGCAUGGCCCCCACAGUCACAGGGCCAAGUUGGCACUCCUGGCACUCACUCUGACCCCAUAUUGGAGGGGCUGUAGCAGCAUGGAUGCCUCUUUUACAUGGGAUAAUUGGGGCCUCAAUGAACUCUCUAACUGAGGCAUCACUCAUCAUCUUGGGUGACUCCUUCUUCUUGAGUACAAGAAUUCUGAGUUGUUCACUACUAUUUUGUUUGGAGGGUUGCUGUCUUUCUGAAAGUGCUCAUUUAGGGUUGUCAUAUGUCUGGAAUCUCCCAGACAUACACGGAAUACUGCAGUCAGCAGCAGUGUCUGGGCGGAAAUCGGGAAAAUGUCCCGGGAAAUCUGGGUGAAUGGCAGCCCAUGUUGGUAGUGCCGUUUUUGCUGAUUUCCCAUAAAAAUAGUUUAAAAAUGGCUUUUUUGAGAUUUUGCAAAACAACUUUUCUGUCUGGAUUUUCACCGUUUUAAAUAUGGCAACCCUAUGUCUUUAGUAGUGCCAUGGCAGGCAGAAUCAACAGCUCAACCUUCUGUAUGGGUCUGUAUGGAUGUUCUGCUGGGGAAAGUAUUUGAUGCUCUCUCUGUGCGUCUUACAUAUAUAUAUCCCCCCCCCCCCCGUAGAGCAAGAUGAUGUUCCAGCAUUACCGCAAGGCAGACUAAUGAUGGUGAUUCUCCCGGCUCUUCUCAUCGUUAUUGCUGUGGGUGUUGCAGUCUAUAUUUUCUACAAAAGAAGACACAGACAGCCACAAACUUUACUAGCGGAUGUCGAGACCCUUUCGCAUCAGGACAGCACAAUAGUUUCUCAGAAUCAGUACUCAGAAUUUAUUGUGGAGAAGCAAGAGGGGGAUUAACACAUUCAGGCUCAAAUGCUAUGCACAUUUACAUAAGAGUAAGUGCCACUGAACUUAAUAGGACUUACUUCUGAAUGAGCAGGUUUAGGUUUAUACUGAUAAUUAUUUCAAAGAAGUAACCAUUGUUGGGAAUUGUCCCAAUAUGCAGGUACACUUUCUACAAACGGAGUCAGGAUGUAGAAUGCUCUGAAUGUGUAAUGUUUAUUCAAUAAAAAUAUAUUCUAUGAAGAGUA